ACGUCAAGGCCGGGCGGAGGGAACAGAAAUCCUGUCAGGCUCCGAGCAAGGAGGCUCCCUGCCGCCUUAACCGUUUCCACAGAGCGGGCUGCGCGCGGCAAACGUCGCUUCCUGGGCGUUCGAAACCGCCACCCAGGCCGUUAGGACCUCGCCUUCGACCGUUAUCCCGGGAGCAACGGAACACCCACCUCGUCGCGAGACGGGCACCUCGGGGCACUUCUGAGAAAGUGGCAGCAGCAGCAGCGAUGGCGGACAGCCACGGUAUUUCUUAAAAAAGAGAGAGAGAAAAGAUAAAAGGAAAAAAAACACACACCACCCCUCAGGUAACAAGAGCAGCGGCUGGUAGAGACUUAAGGAGGAGGGCGGGACCAGACGUGAGGCUGUUGCUCACUCUUCCCCAGGAAAAAAAAAUAAAAAUCAACAACGUUUCAAAAUGGCGGGUUGUCAAAGGGGAAGAAGGAAGCGGGAAAUCGCUGGCCAAUCGGCGCUCGGGCCGUCUGGCGUGUGAGGCGGGGUUUUGAGAAAGUGACGGGCAGAAAGGAAAGGCCUCGCGCCGCGAACUGGGUGAAAGGGAGGUUUUGUGUUGGGGGGGAAGCUCCAUGGCGCAUGCGUGCAACUGGGGGUGGGGGCGGUUCGGAAGUUGCCAUGGUGGCGCCCUCGAGCAUGCUUGCUGCUGUAGUUGGGGGGCCGGUCCGAAUGGCUUUUGUUUUUUUUUAAGUGGCCGCAAGAUGAAAGCGCAUUUGCAACUCCUGAAGGGGAAAGGGACCAGAGUGCAGCCCAAUGAGAGCUCUGGUUCUUCUGCCAGCUCAGGCGCGCUAAGCAUAGAGAGAAAACCCCGUGUCCAUAUUGCCACCGAUCUGUAAAAUCUACCAACAACAACAACAAAAAUUUAUUAUUUAUACCCGGCCCAUCUGGCUGGGUUUCCCCAGCCACUGGGUGGCUUCCAACAAAAUAUUAAAAAUACAUUAAAUACUAUGCUGCUCCUGCAGCCGCGUUAAGGAUUGGAAUCAAUUAUGUAUUGUAUUUCUUUUUAGAUUUGUAUACUGCUUUUUUACCAAAAUCCCCAGUGUGACUCAUAACAUUAAUAACAUAUUUCCGUUGAAAACCUUCCAGUUUCAAUAUUAAAAGACUACAAUACAGUGGAACCUCAUGUUACAUACGCUUUAGGUUACAGACUCCGCUAACCCAGAAAUAGUACCUCGGGUUAAGAACUUUGCUUCAGGAUGAGAACAAAAAUUGUGCUCUGGCAGUGUGGCAGCAGCAGGAGGCCCCACUAGCUAAAGUGGUUCUUCAGGUUAAAAACAGUUUCAGGUUAAGAACAGACCUCCGGAAUGAAUUAAGUACUUAACCCGAGGUACCACUGUAAAUGGACUCUCGAGGAGAGAUGGGAGCACAAGAGAGAAAACAGGGUAGAAUAGAUAUAGUAUAUGGGUAAGUUAUUGGGUGAAUGAAAGGCAAUGCACCUGUGUGCAAUGUAUGUCACUGAGUGUGUCUGAUCUACUUGGGCACAUGUGCUUUUGUUUACAGGUAUCAAAAUGAUGCAGUCUUCAAUAUCCCUGCCUUCGAAAGUAAAAUUAGAUGGAAGAUUCUACAAUAUGUACAGAUGCAUGAAAUAUCCUCAGCAGAAUUGUAGGAAGUCUGUAAGAGGUACUGUGGGCUAGUGGUCAUGUUAAAAACCAUGUUAGUAAUUCUUUGUAAUAUUUAUUAUUUAAAUAAUAAAACCUAUGAAACUUGGCUCCAUUCACACUGUAGUCUGAUACCUACUUUCUAGGAUUAAGUCCCUCUGAACUACACACCUCUGAAUAGGAUUGUGCUGUUAGAAACAGUUAUUAUUUCCAUUCAUGGUGAAUUAUGUCUUACAGAGAACAACAGAGAUACAUUUCUCAUUGUUGGAAUAAAUGUGUUUUGUUUCUAUUGACAUCCACUAAGUUUAUAGAAAUGUAAUUAAAAAUAAAUAUUACUACUAUUGACGGAUCAAGCACACACUAGCGAAAAUUCCACUGACCUCCAGCUCCUCCUUCCAGUCCAAAGUGCAAAAUACACAUCAAGAUGGGUAUGUAAAAAACUAAACUGAAAUCUGAAACUGAACUAUUCCAGAUAGAGGCUGCUGUUAUCUUGAAUGCCAGCAUGCAACUCUGUAAAUGGAGCUCUGCCUAAAGUAACAAGGGCAGUUGAUAGUGAUUAGGUACUGUGGAAUAAAAAGCUAAGCUAAUAAUUAUGUUAUCACAUCUUCAAAGACUGAGGAGUAUUGUGAUGAAACAAAAGUUUAAAAUCACGAUACAAAGAUAAUAUAUUGUUACAUUGCUGGUCUCACAUAAUAAGACACAAGUCUAGUUCAGUCAUAGCUACAAAACAUAAGAAUGAGCCUGAACAAUCUUUGUGUUCGCACACUCCCCCCUUGUCCCUUCCACAUGUAAGGGGAAGAUCUGGAAGCCUUUGCUUUGGAAUUAACCACAGUUUUCCAUUAUGCCUAAGCUUUGAGAACUGCUUUGUUCUAAUGGUUCAUUGACGAGCCAGCAUAUCAAAUAAUGGAUUGCUGUUGCAUCUAAAAACGUUAGAAUGGUAUUUAUUUCAUUGACUUUGAUGGAUCGGAAAUGCUAACCUCUCUUCCAGGCUGGAUUCAUACAAUGGCAUCAGUCUUCAUAGCAUUUUGAAGUUAAUUAUGUAUUUGUAUGGUAUAUGAAUUAAACAAAAAAGUGGCUGGCUUCUUUUAUGUUAAAGUUCCUGCAAGCUUUAUGCUCUUAAUUCUGGGAAAGUUGCCUGUAAAAAAUAUGUAAACAUUUAUUUGUAUCAAAUCACCUGUGAAUUGACUACAAUAAUAUUCCUCUGUAAGUCUGGUUAUAUUUAUAAACUACAGACAAAGAAUAUUUCAGAUUUGUUUCUUUUAUUUCAGAACAGAUAUAACUAUGUUUUACAGGUCCAUUCUGUUUUUCUGUGCAGUUCUUAUGAGUACCCAUAUAUUAAAUAUUUGUUGGAUAUAUAUUAAAUGCAGUGAGUACACAGGAUUCCUUUCUUUUGAGGUUGAGCUUCCUUAUUUCACACCCCAACACACAGUAGCUGUGGCAGUCCUUAAGAGACAGACUCUUUCUAACACUCUACUCCUGAAAUGCAGAAUGAAUUUGCCUUUUGUAGGAAGAGGAGGAGGAGGAGGUGGUGCCUUCUGACACAAACUGCCUGUAUCAAUUGCAGCGAGCAGACCGUUACAGUUGUAAAACCCCUCUUCAGACUAGGCCAGUUGCUGGAGGAGCAAUUGCACUAUUCACUACCCAAACCAAAUAUAUGUGGCAAAGAAAUCCCAGUAAUAGGUUGCCUAAGACUGCUGAGGUAUGCAGAUUCUGAACUGCAUCUCCUCUGGAAAAUAUAGAAGGGUGAUAAGUUAGGGUGAAAGGGAGUAUAGAAGGCAAACAAGAGUUUAAAAAGGACUAUGUAGUUGCAGAAAGAGAUUUUUUGAGACGUUACCUGAAGCUGUCAUUGGUUUCUUUAUCUGCUGCAUGGAAGAAAUGGCUGCAUUUAUGAAAGAAGAAGCAAGCUGUAAACAGUGAAAAGAAAUCCUGGACUGCUUGCAACUCUAUUAACUGCCAAAGCACAGGAGAAAGGUGAGAUUCCCCUCUAUGCAUCUGGACAAUGGUAAAUAUUAGGCUUUUUCCUAUAUAUUGUCAUUCAUACUGUGGAUUUAAUCUUCUGUCUCCUGAACAUUUCUGCCUGCAAGUUUCCUUCUGAAAACCAUCAGCUUUAUACCAUUAUGGCGAGGCAUUGCUUUCAUACUUGUGGUGAUGAGAUGUGUGUGUGUGUUAGUUCAACUCUGCAUGUUGGGCAUGAUGCCUUCUAGAGAAUCAGUUACUCUUUUACCACAGUUUUCUUGAAGCAGCUACACCCAUUAACAUAGCAUUGCCAGUCUGCAAACACAGUAAAAACUUGUGGUUCAGUUGAAGUUAGUGAAAAUUUGCCAUUGAGUUAAAGAGAUCCAGAAAGUUGUUCAUGCAGCCCUAAUCAGGACAUCAUGGAUCUCCACAAGUUAAAUACAUUUUGGAACAUUUUCCAGACCAAGCCAUCUCCUUGCAAAAUAUUAUCAUACCCUAACAUCUGACAAAGUAAAUGCAUACUGUACAUUAGUCUUAAAUCAGGUUUGUAGUGGGGAAACAAAUGACUUCUCUGGAGUGUAAUAGCAUGUAAGAUAAUAGUUUCCAAAUUUAUAUUUUGUUGUAGCAUGCAAAAAUACAUGUUCCCGUUUAGCUGUUUAUUUUUGUUAUGUAGUUCUUGGGUCACACAUUUUCAGAAUUGUGGAGAAGUUUUCAUUUUCAUCAGAACUGUUGAGACAAGAAUGUUGGUUUCAUCGUGGCUAACAGAAUGAGAUCAGGAAUUCCGCACUCAAAUCUUGCUCUGCCAAGAACUUGUCUUAGGCAAGCCACUCUUUCUCAUCCUAAUAUUACAGGAUUGUUGUAAGGAUUAAACUAGAUUUAUUUCUUAUUUAUUUGAAGCAUUUUUGCACCUCUUCAGUGAAAAAUGCACUCAGAGCAGUUUACAGAGAUAAGUAAUAUGGCAGUCCCUGCCUUCAGGUUCAAAAUCUAGAUGACAAUACAAAAGGAAAACUGAUGGGGAGGGAGAAGGAAAAAAGCAAUUUUGUGCACUAUUCAUUGGUUACAAAGGUUUAAAGACCAGGUGAAAUGGAGACAGUUUAAGGAGAGGAGCAACCAAAAGGUUGCAGCUUGCUCAGCAGGUACACUGGCGGGACUCUGCUUCCUUUCUCUUUGUCCAUUCUAGAAAUGGAGAGUAUGACUGUUGAUUCUUCUUGAUCUCCCAGCAGCUUGACGGUGGUAUCCUUCUGGGGCAAAUGUAUGAGUUGGGUAUUGGGGGUAUUGCAUUGCAAUGACUCCAUGUCAACAUGAUGGCUGGCUCCAGAAGGCAGUUCACGAAACAUUACUUGGCUCCAUGGGUUCUCCAGUAAAGUUCUGUUCAAUUAAUUGGACUUUGCUGUAUUUUUAUUGAUAGGCAGAUCUUCUGGUAUAUCUGGUAGGUUGUUCUAUAGGCUUCCUAUGCUAAAAUAGCAUCCCCACUCCCUGUAUUCAUUUGGGUUCCUGCUUUGUGGCUUCUAUUCUGUUCACGGCUUUCAAUCCAAGCUUCAUUCAUGUUCCCUUUGCUAUUAUUCAACUGGGUAUUUUUAUAUUCUUUAUUUUUAUGUGCAAAAUUGAGGCUAUUUCCUGUUAUUUUUAAAAGGAAGUAAUUGAAUCGCAUGAUAUGUUUAACAGUCCCACGAUAUAUUUUAACAGUCAUUAACAAAAAUCCAGUUUUCCACUGCCAUUAACAAUAUUCUUGUUGUGUGGUUGAUAAGAUGCUAAUUUCUUCAGGAAAUACAGGAUCUGUGGCAAACACAGGCAUUGUUCCCUGCAGUUCAUAGGGCAAGGUUUUCUCUAAUCUCACUGAACCUCUACUUUUGUCCUUAUUCUGCUUUAUUUAUUUUUCAAGGCUCCUAUAACUUGCCAAAUAUUUAACUAUCCAGGCUAACUAUGGAAGGUAUCAAAUCCUUUUCCAUCUAAAAAAACCAAAGUGAGAAUAUUUUUCUUUUUGCUAUCAAGAGGAUAUUUAAAGUCCACUGUGGUAAAAUUUUGGUCAGGUCAAUGACUAUUCUCUAAUUUUCCUAAUUUAUUCUUUAUUUGUACUGGGUUUACCAGACAAGUCAACACAAUCAUAUGAACGUCCACAUGGUGGUGUUGUGUCAGAAAGGAGAUCACAUAUACUUUGGUUCACAUGCUUGGUCAGCACAACACAAAUGUGAAUGAAUGAAUUGUUUAUUGUGGUCACAGGCAAAUAAAAUUUGGUAUGGAAAGAAAACAUAUAGCUCAUUAAAACAAUUAAAAACAGACAAAUACAAACACACAUUUCUCUCUCUCUCUCUGAAGCCAGUACUGUAGAAAGCUUUUCCUAAUCUGCACUGAAGUCAGAAAUUGUUUUUCCAACCCUCUCAGUAACACUGGAGGAAACAUCCCUUAAACAGAAUGAUACAAAAUUAGGACAUAUUCCCAGGGGAGUUCGGAGUAGAGGGAGAAUUAACCUCUCUCACUACACAGGCUACAGUACAGCAUAACAUGGUCAACAGGUUCUGCUCCAGCUCCACAAAUACAACCUGUCAAGAACUGAGAUCUUGCUCACUUAACAGUGCAGAAUGUAGCACAUUAAAAUAAGCAAGGAUAAAUGCUCUCCCAUUUGAACGAUGGUUAUAUAGUUUAGGGGUUUGCUAAACAGUAAUGAAAUGCAGAGUUUGUUACUGUGAAGAUGUAAGACGAUUAAUUGCUGAACAACAAAAAAACUGGGCCUCCUUUGACGUUUAAUUGCAGCAAAAUUGAGGAGAGAAGCCCAGCCUAAAUAUCUUCUUCCCAUUGACUAAUGAAAGAGUAUGAGAGUAUGAAAGAAUAUGCUUUGCAGCUACUGAAAAGCAUAAAUAUAACCACCAUUUCAGGACAUGAUCUCAACAAUUCAGCUGACUGAAUACACACAUCCAAAUAAAUAGCUGUGUUCCCCACACAAGAUAGUAAACCCAGUAUCUCCUGGAGGAAAGCAGACGGAACUCUUUCCACUUGGGAGUUUAACCCUGAAAUCCAAAUGGGAAUGCUGUAAGUUGGGUCAUGGACUUAGAUCAUAGGCUUGAAUAACAGGAGAUAAAGGGACACUUUGCAUAAGGAAGAACCCUGAAAUAACAUGCCAGCUAGAACUUCACAAUGUGACUGUGAUGCUCUUACCAUGUGCAGCAGAAGGGUUUUUCCCAGCAGCUUCACUGGGAAGGGCAACAUUUGAACCAAUCUUCUUUCUUAGAGGAAGUAAGCUGUGCCUUUACCAGCAGCUUGACCAGAAGAAAUUUAAUAGGUGAUUCCCCCCCUCUUCAUGGACAUAAACAAGGGAAAUAGAUUCCCCAGUGAAGUCCUUGCAUAUUACACUAUAGGUAAAAGUACUGCAGUAGAGGCAAUUAAAAGGAUGGCAACUCUGUUGUCUUGAAAUAAAGGGAUUAGGAAAUAAAUCUCCUAGUCAGCUUGGUGGAUGCAAAACACUCAGUGAACAACUGAGGAGACCUAUGGAUGUGGCUGGUAUUGAAGGAACAUCCAUUAUUUUCAAUGACAGCAUAUGCUGAAGUGAUAUUCUCACAACAUGUCAACCCCUAGGCUUAGCAUACCAGCUGUAAGAUGGAGUUGCAAAUAUACAAAACACCUGGCCAGAUUCAAGUUGUAGUCGGCAUGCUAUAUGAAGCCCAGAGUCUGUACAUGUGAAUUUAACCAGCCUGACAUAAAAUAAGGAAUACUGGAAACUCAUGGAUCCCCAUAUUUCCUUGUUUUGAGGCGGCCCACAUUAGUGAAACCACAACAUAUUUUCCUCUUGGAAUUCCUGACACUCCUUGAGUCUACUGGAAUUAAGCAAACAGAUCAGAUUUUUGUGGCAUGGCAGCUUUUUCUGACCUUAUUAAAAACCCAUGUUAAUUCCUUCCAUGUCAUUUCAGUUUUAAAGGCAUGUAGCCUGCGUUAACUAGGAUCUUAUCUGUGCAGAUCAUAUGCCAAAAGGGCUUGGCAUUUUCCUUCCGCAAAAAGGGCCUUGUGUUAUUAUUAUUAUUGCAACUUUUAAUCCUCAUUUGAAGGUCCACAAAAAGUACAUCUGUAUUACAGCGUAAUCCUACACAUGUUCACUCAGAAGUCAGCCCCAUUAAUGUAACUGGCGCUUAAGUGUGUAUAGUAAAUUUAUAGCCUGAGUUAAACUUCCAUCACACUUGCUAGUCCUUUUCUGGUGACACGAUAGUGUGCUAACAUGCUGGGAGGGGUGGAUGGGAGUUGAGUGCACUAACAUCAUCCCCUGUUGUCUUUCUGCUACUUUCAAAGUUGUGGAGGGAGUGGGGAGCCUCAUGUGCUCAUUUGAGAUUUGGGGGUUUUCAGGGUUUAAAAUGAUUGGUAGCAGGUAGAGAAAGCCCCCAGCUUCACAAGAUCUGUGAGUUAGAGGUCGAAUGCAAAGACAAUGGCAUGUGGGUGGCAUGAAGUGUGCUAGCCCCUCUCACAGGUUAACUCAACACAUUACUCCAAGACUUAAAGAGAAAUUUAGUGUUGAGAGAUUGCUGGGGCAUGCAUGACCUGAGUCGGGGGCGGGGCGCAGCAGUCUACAUACAGGGAAAAAAUGCUUUAAAUAAGUCAGAAAUUAAAUCAUUAUAAGAAAAGAAAAAAACCCUAUGCAAAAACACUCUAGAAAGGUUUUGUGCUCUCUGGCACCAUCUGGUGUUGCAUGUUUAUAAUGUAUUCAAGUCGCUGCUUUUUUGACUAAAGUAGCUAAGUCCAGGGUCUGCAAGCAAAGGUCUAGCAUAUUUGCAAAAGGAUUUACAGUGUAACCCCACAAGUAAUAUAUAUAGGUAGUACACCUCCUGCCAAAUACCUUCAGGAUUGCUCCUUUGAGUUUGAUUGAUGACACCACAGAAAGUUGGGCUCUGGAAGUCCCAGUCCCUAUUAUAUCACCAAAUGUUCUGUCCCCUGGGAGUUCCACUCUGGAAGAUAUGAUCCAGGAAGCAGAAGUCAUGUGUUUCUGAAUCUGGACCUUGCCCAUCAUUCCAUGGCAGAGGAUGUUUGCGGAUUCUCCUUUUAGAUAUUUGCCAGAAAAGCAAAAUCUAGAUGUACAUUACUUGUGUAUCUUAAAGAAUCAUAAUGUGAAUAAAAGCCAAAUUGAUUUGGUCUUACUCUAAAAGCCCUUGCUUCCACUUUCUGCAGCACAUUAAUCAUACUGGAUACUAAAACGAUGCUCUUACUCUGGUUUUCAGCAAUUUUAUGUUUAUUUUAUUCAUUUAUUCCAAAAUAUACUGCAAUAAAGCAAAUUCCGCAAACAAAGCUUUACAUAAGAAAUACAGAAGCAAUAUAAUACUUGGGUCUUCAAAACAGAAAUAUUUUAGUGUCCGUUUAGAAAUGAACAGCUUUAUAUAAUCUCUGAUUUUGCUAAUCUAGGAAAUAACUCUAUUUCACCCAGCGACUUCAGAAGGCGAAGGAAAAUGUACAUUUAAAUAGCAAGUUCUACAGAAACGGCCUGGCAUAUUUUCAAAAGGGUACAGUGUUACACAAAGACGCAACUGUGAAAGUAGCAAGCUUUCAGACCACUUACUGCAGUUCUCAUUUCAAGGAAUGGAAAAGUAAACAUUAAGCAAAGAAAGUUAAAUCUGUAUCUAGAAUAGCAUAAUAAACAAAAUUUAAGAUUGUUGGCUGGCCCAUUGCUGUUGUGAAUAUAUUUAUUAUUGUAUAAUGGCUAAUUUUGCUUGCUUAGCACCUUUUCCCAGUCCCUGCACUGAUAAUCCAAACAAGUGAAUACCAUUGUCAGUGUAUUAAAAAGAGAUUUUGGUCUUGUAAAACAGUUUUAAGAAUGCAAAUGGCAGUGCAAUACAAUACGGAAAGUAGUCAACUGAUCAUGUAUGUCUCAAUUUCUCUUCUAAUUGGCAGACUUUGGUACUUUUGCAUCCCCUUCUAGUGAAUGGAGUUUUCCCCACUGCUCUUCUGGGCUGUUUGGCUCCACAUGGAAUCAAUAUGCAGAAAGGGAAGGGAAUCCCAUAAUUCAGCAGGAGAAUGCAUUUGCUACCAUUUGUCCAUGGAACAUCCUUGCCCUUUAUUGGUGCAAACAGUUUGGAUGGCAGUUAGAAUAUUUUUCAUAAAUCCUGUCAGGUAUGUUUGAAUGACUACACACACACCUGGCAGUUGGCAAUAUACCAUAGAUAACUGCCAUGGUUGUGGGAAAAUAUAUCCACAACUACAAAAGCCUAUGGCAAUGGAUUUUUUAAUCUCAUGGAUCAUCCCUAAAACACAUUUCCAUUCCCCAAAACAAAAACAAUCUGUUAAUUUAUUGUUACUUGGAUAUAGGCAAACUGUUCUGAGUAGAUUUAGAUUUAGUAGAUUCCAUGAUUUAGGUUUAGUUAUACCUGCUUUGUUGGUCUUAUAGAAUAUAUUGGUUAAGUCUGUGCUAUGAACUAAUAGACUCUGAACACUAGAGGGAUUAUUUGUAUUAUAAUACAGCAACAGUGACAUCUUAAUGCUUGGGCUUGUUUACAACUACUCAGUGCUUUUUUUCUAAAACAAAAUGUUUAGGGGUACUCUCAUUUUCCUACUCAUAUUGAAAUACUGCCCCUCAAUGAGGCCAAACUUAGAUUCACAAAAUGUUUAGGGGUAUGCGUCCCCCCAGAAAAAAGCACUGCAACUACUUAAAAGACUGUAAUCCUAUGCACAGUAGAACCAAGGCCGACUGAACUCAAUGGGACUUAUGGCACAGUAAGCAAUUAUAGAAUUGUAAUGAAUCCUUUUGCAAAAAAAAACCCCCAUACCAAUUUAGUAAAGAAUUCAGUGAAGAUGCAGUUCACUGCUUGUAUUGAAAUAUAGCAAACAUUUCCUCUCUAACCCAGAGCUGGAUAGAUCUUGUUAUUCAUUAACCCAGUGGUUCUCAAAUUGUUUCUCUGAUCCACACUUUCAGUAUAAAAAUGUGCUCAUGCAACACCAGUUUUUUUUACUGAGAAGAAAUACAUUGUAAAACAAAAAUAAGAAACUCCCAGCAGUGCUUGAUUUAUAACACAGAACACAACUACUUUAUUAUAUGGUCAUGUGACAUCCAGAAAGUGUAAAACAAUGCAGCUACAUAAGAACAUGUAUCAUUACCUAAAUAUAAUUAUAAACAAGCCUCUUAAGUAUGCAUACAAAGUCAAUGAGCGGUGCGUCCUUGCAGUAUCACUUGAUGCUCUUGCUCUCAUUUUGAAAAGGUAUCUAUCCAUAUUCUGCAAAUAAAAGAAAAGAAAAAUGCUAUGCUAUGCUACACUUAAACGUUUAAAUGUUUCUUUAUUGUCCUUGAAUCUUCCCGCACACUUGCCACCCUCUCCUGAUACACCAGUGUUGUAUGCCACACCCUUUGAGAACCAUUGCUAUAAGCAAAUACAUUUAGGGAGAACAGAAACCUGCUGUUAGAUAUUCUAGUUCAAUCGAGCUAAUCCAGGAGUUCUAUGCCAUCUCCUGGUUGCUGUGGGUUCCAAGUUUCCUUUGUAUCACAGGAUGUGUUCAUAUUACCUACCACCUUUGAGUAGAGUGAGGUUUUUCCAGUGCAUUUCACACCUCGCCCUACCCCACCCAUAUGUUCAUGGCUUGAUUGGUGUUAAAUUCAUUUCUGCUUGUGUUUGUACCAGGGGGCAUUGACAGGCCAGAGAUGACUUUACCUUGCAUGGCAUGGGAGUGGGACUCAUCCUGGCUAAUCCUGAAACCUGUCGCUAGCUCUCAAAAUAAGUGGUUGGGAUGGUUUUCUCUUUCGUGUGGAGUUUCUGCUAUAGACAGAGGCCUAAUGGAUGGGUGGCUGCAAUUGCAAGCGCAUUGCUAGGACCUUGGGACCCUGUAAUUACAUUCUGCUGAUGGUUCCAUGUUAAAUUAAUGAACCUGCUGUGCACAAAUUAUUUAUCAUGCAUUAGUUAAUGAGCUGUCUCCCUAUAAAGAGAGAGAAAGAGACAUCCUCACCUCUCUGCGGGUCCCACAGGAGGGUAAACAGAAAUGAACUGCUCCUGCUCCAGCCCCAUUACUUUCAUACACAGAGAGAAGCUUGCUCUCCUUCCACUCAUGCCCAAACCUGCAGGAAGGAUGUGUAUAAGUCCAAUUUGCUCACUAAUCUUAUAAUCUCAUAAUCAGAAACACGAGAAAAAUAGAAAGCAGGUACAGAGACCAUAACACAUUUCUUUUUUAUCUGGGGUUGUAAUCCUGAGUGCAUAUCAUGGUUCUUUCUUCUGGCUUUGUUUGAUUUGCUUCUACUGUCCUCAACUACGUUCAUGGAUAGAGUGGUGUGAUUUAAGGAUGCAGCCCUAAUCUUGUUUACCUGAGAGUAAGCCCCAUCAAACUCAGUAGAACUUAUGUUUUGAGUAGUGAUGGUUAGGAAUUGCUUUGUAACACAGGUGCCAAUCAAAGUGCAGCACCUGCAGCAUGUAAAUCUCAGCAGUGCAACAGAUGUGUUCAAAGGGAAUCCUCCUGGCAGAUUGCCAGUAAUACUUGAAGAAUUUGUUGGGGGGGGGGGCGGGGAGAGAAAAAGAAACCUACUAUUAUACCUACCAGCAAGAGUGCAAAGGUUAAAGGAGUUGCAUGGAGUUUCACAAGAUCAGCAUAAAAUCCUUAAAAGGUAUCUAGAAUAAUGUAUGUUUGUGUGAGGACUAAACAAUUCGGUUACAGGUCCGUGACUUUGCCUAUACAGUGGUACCUUGGGUUAAGUACUUAAUUCGUUCUGGAGGGAUGUUCUUAACCUGAAACUGUUCUUAACCUGAAGCUCCACUUUAGCUAAUGGGGCCUCCUGCUGCUGCUGCGCCGCCGGAGCAGGAUUUCUGUUCUCAUCCUGAAGCAAAGUUCUUAACCCGAGGUACUAUUUCUGGGUUAGCGGAGUCUGUAACCUGAAGCGUAUGUAACCCGAGGUACCACUGUAGUAGAGAUGAUUCACACUUGGAUGCUAUUCUCCUCUCCAAAGUCAUCUGGUUGCAGGAAGUACAGUAUGUGUUGUCAUAUUAGUGGGGUAGGAGAGCUGAAAAAAAAUUCACAUCUGGCAACCAAUGAGCCCCUUUGGUUUCAGAUAGCACAUGGGUAGACGAGUCUAAAAAGCCAGGGACACAAAUUUUCAUGGCCCUCUAGUGGCUAUGGUUGCUCAUUUACUAGAACUAAUGUAUUUAAGAAUUAGCUCUGGAAGCGUAUACACGAUUCUGACCAAACUAAGCCUUCUAGACCAAAAGCCUCCUAAAGCAAAAGGGUUUGCAUUUUCUCUAAUGUGUUCUGUGACUUAAUUAUGCAUUGUGCAAGGAAAUACAUUUACUUUUCUGUUCGGAAUCCUUUUUUCUAGCUAAUUGCACUUGAUUGAUUUUAAGUUCUAGUAUUAUGACUGUAUGAAAAUUUCACUGCACCUAUCACAAUUUUAUAAAAUUACCAUGCUUUCCCUCAGCCAUCUUAAAAAAGAAAAGGUUGGACCUUGUCCUGAAAGCCAUAUUAUAAAUAUUUAUUUUAUUGCAUAAAGUUAAUACACUUUUGUCAAACACUUCAAAGUGGCUUACAAAGAGAAAAUAUAAAUAAAAUAAUAUAAAAACUAGUAAGGAAAGCAGAGGCCCUUGCUGGCUCUUAAUAAUGGGACCACAGUUUCCAUUCAUCACCCCCCCCCCGAACAUUUUUCUUUUAUUUGUUUCACUACAUUUAUAUUCCUCCUUCAAGGAACUCAAGACAGCUUUUACGCUGCCUCCCCUUUAUUUUUAUUUCCAGAGCAACCCUGUAAGGUAGGUGAGGCUGAGAGACAGCAAUGUCUGGUCUAUGCUCACUCAGUGAGCUUCAUGGCAGAGUGAGGAUUUGAACUCAAGUCUUCCUGGCUUUCUCAUAACAUAACUUUUCUUAAAAUAACUGAGCAGUAGUAUUUUCCAUUUAUUUGGAAUAACACCUUUGCAGUAUUAAUGGACACCAGGCGAAACACAAUGCAAUUUGCUUAAACCAGUUCACAGCAGCUACAAAGUUCCCUCAAAUGCAACAGUCACAUCUCAAAAAGUUGUUCAGGCAUCCUUUUAGCAGGUAAUAAUGUGUUUGAUCUUGUUCUUGUCUGGCAGGCUUCUUUGUUAAACCUGUUUGAGUAGUUCCCCAAACCCCUCCCCCCCCCCGGCCCGCAACAAUUACGGUAGUUGUCUGUUUAUUAAAACAAAUCUAGUUUUGCAAAUUACAAGGAACUUUCCUAGAAUUAUAGAACUAGAAUGAUAAAACUCUACGAGACCACCUUAUGUUUAUGACUUGAAUAGAUUAAGCAGAUCAGGAGAAAUGCUUAAAUAUAUUUAAUUUGUAUACUGAAUUAUAAAAGGAAGACACCUUUGUUAUGUUUUAUAAGAGAGAAUCCACAACCCACCAUGGCCACAGACGUGAAGAAACUCAAAUCCUUGUGUUGUUGUUGUUAUUUAUAUAAUAUGGGUGAGUCACUACCUCUCAUCCUAACCUAUUUCACAGUGUUAUUGUGGGGAUUAAUGUGUGCCAUCUUAAACUACUUAGAGAAAAAAGGCAGGAUAUAAACGCAGUAAAUAAAGUGGGCUGGGUGUCAGUUUACUACUGCUAAUCUGCCCCUUUCAGGGUGGUCGCUUUUGGGGAGGGGCUGAGCUAUGUGGAUUGCUGGACUUUGGCCCUCAUGUCCAGCCAUAGCUGCGCCAGUGCUGUAAAAUCACCUGUUGCCAUUAGCCCCAUGUUAGUGUGAUUGGGAUGCGGGUGGCGCUGUGGUCUAAACCACUGAGCCUCUUGGGCUUGCCGAUCAAAAGGUUGGGGGUUUGAAUCUGUGCAACAGGGUGAGCUCCUGUUCCUCUGUCCCAGCUACUGCCAACCUAGCAGUUCAAUAGAUACCUCUGCAGCGGAAAGGUAAAUGGUGUUUCCCUGCACUCUGGUUUAUGCCAUAGUGUUCCACUGUGCCAAAAGCGGUUUAGUCAUGCUAGCCACAUGACCCAGAAAGCUGUCUGUGGACAAACGCUGUCUCCCUCGGCCUGAAAGCGAGAUGAGCGCCGCAACCCCAUAGUCGCCUUUGACUGGACUUAACCGUCCCGGGGUCCUUUACCUUUACCUUUUUAGUGUGAUUGCUGAUCCUGUAGUUCUUUCAGUACUUGCUUCCAACACUGCUUGCACAGGUACUGAUUUAUAAUCCACAUUAUAGCACCAGUCAUGUCCACAUGCCUCUUGGAAGAUCUGCACAUGACAGAAUAGUGGGGUCAUGCAUUCAUCUUCUCAAAGCAUCUGCACAUACCCACUCAGUGUGUUCAUACAGUGAAAAAUGAUCGGGGCUAUAUAUAUAUUUCAUACAUCUUCCUACUAGGAGUUCUUUUUCUAUGUGGGAAAAAUGUUAUGUUUUGAAGCGCCCCUGUGUCUUAACAGAAGCUUUCAGAUGGAAAACGCUGACAUGUAACUAGUACUGACUGCCAAGAAAUUACUCACAAGUAAGAUUUUGGCAUUGUGGGUUGCGAUUCCUUCCUGGACUUUGAAAUGCAAGGGGUGGUGGUGAUUGCAUAAAUGACAUUUAAAGGAAUUGGCUUAUAUCUGAAGAAAAACAACAACCCCAAACAAAUCAAGUUAUCUAUCUCUUUUUUUGUGACCAAAUACAAGCACAUAACACAGCAGUAUGUGUUGAAGAAGUUAGAAAUUUUCUCAGUGCGCCCCUCCCACACUGCCCAGUGGUACAGUUGAGACAAUGGGGCUGUGGCUUGUGAAACCCUCCCCUGCUUCAGACCAGUGUAUAUGGUGCAGGAGGGCCUGGUCUGGCCUACUCAUGCUUGGCUUGCCUGACCAGGACUCCAGUGGGCAUAGCACACCUGCCAAGAGACCCGGAAAAAAUGGGACAUCCUGGUUUUUUUGCUUGAGAUCAUGGCAGCCAUUUUGGGUGCCACAAUAUCACAUGUUCUCAUGCCGUGCUCUCGUUUUUUGUGUUUUUUCUGGACUGCAAUCUCAUGCAGCUCCCCAAAACAUGUGUUUUUUGACACUGCAGAAGAUUGCGCUCUGUAAAAGAAAUGCUUUGGGGUGGUGGUGGCGCGAGAGUGCUGUGUGAGUCAUGUGACUUGCCUGGGAGCACUUCCCUGAAGAUGCGUGUCCUGGUUUUCGAUCGGAAAAAAUAGGACAGUAUGGCAUAGGUAAGUGGAAACGCUCUGAAUCUUGACCCUCUGCAGGCACUCUAGCUGCAGGAUUGUGUUACUUUUGGGGAGGAACCAUGUGGAUUGUCUGCCUCUAGCACGAAAGUGUUUGGGGUCAUCUCUGCCUGAAGCAAUACAAUGCACUCUGCUUAUGCUGGAUAUGUUGCAGCGAGGUUAUUUUAUCUGUGGAUGCCUUAAGCCAGAGCUUUCCAAACUGUGUGUCGUGACAAGUUAGUGUGUUGGUUGCUGUGUGCAGGUGUGUCGUGCGAAUGUUCCUCAUGCUCCUCCCAGGGCUGGAAAGGGAUUAGUUUAACCUCUGGUUUGCUAGUAAAACUGAAUUACAGUGGUACCUCGGGUUACAUAUGCUUCAGGUUACAUACGCUUCAGGCUACACACUCUGCUAACCCAGAAAUAGUGCUUAAGGUUAAGAACUUUGCUUCAGGAUAAGAACAGAAAUCGGGCUCCGGUGGUGCAGCGGCAGCAGGAGGCCCCAUUAGCUAAAGUGAUGCUUCAGGUUAAGAACAGUUUCAGGUUAAGAACGGACCUCCGGAACGAAUUAAGUACUUAACCCGAGGUACCACUGUACUGUGUUGCGAAAUGAUGCAAAACUGAAUUACUGUGUCGCAAAAUGAUGCAUGUCUAAAAAGUGUGUCACCAACAUGAACAGUUUGGAAAGCUCUGCCUUAAGCAGUGGUCUUAACCACUGCUUUGCAGGUCAAAAUAUUACUUGUGUUUAGUGCAGGAUAGUAAGCAGAUGCCAAAAGUAAGCAUGCAACUUAAGAAGACUGUACACUGUCCUUUGUAAAACACUGUAUCCACAGAGAUACAGCGGAACCUGAGCAAAAAUUAAGCUGUGGCAGCCAAAGGAAAAGGAAAAGGUCUGUAUUUCAGUACAAGUGAAAGUAUCUGUGAUCUGCUUGUUUUGAAUCUGCUAUCUUAAUCUCAGGAAUGUAGCAUUUUGGUAUUGGGUGUGAGGUACAACAUUCCAAAGGGAUUAUUCUUAUUAGGCUUCAUCCUUUGCUCUGAACUGCGGAGAAGCAAGUUUGCCACUAAUCAUUAGCGGAGCUAGGCACUGAUACACACCUAUAUUUUGUACUGCAUAUCCGUGCAGACCGGAAACUAGAUUUUCCACCCAGGAAGCAAAUAUGUGUUGUGUGAGUAUGCAGUGUAUGUAGCAAACGCUUCUGUUAUGCCCAGUGUAGAGCAUGUGGUCAAAAUGUGCUGCUUUGCACCCAAAUGGUGAAAAGAGUGUUAAGGGGGUAUAUGUGAAAGGUCUUAAGGCAAAAAACCAAAAUGAAGAAAUGUUUAUUCCUGGGACCAUAGUCCGUCCUGAAUCAGGGACAUACAUACAUUGGAUGUACACAGUGUAUGGAACUUGCUUCCACAGGAGGCAGUGAUGGCUACCAUCUUGGAUGGCUUUAAAAGAGGAAUAGACAAAAACAUGGACGAUGGGGCUACCAGUGGCUACUAGCCAUGAUGGCUAUGCACUGCCUCCAUAGUCAGAGGCAGUAAUGCUUCUAAAUAGAAACUGCAGGAGGGGAGAGUGCUCUUGUGCUUGGGUCCUGCUUGCACGUUUCCCACAGGCAUCUGAUUGACCACUAUGCAAACAGGAUGCAGGACCACUGGCCAGAUCCAGCAGGCUCUUUUUAUGUUCUUAUGGAGAUGUUUAGUGGGCAAUGAGCCUCUGUAUCAUUCCCACCCAAACAGAUGGGCAGGGGCUGUAGCUCAGUAGCAUAACACAUGCUUUUCUUGCAGAAGGUCGCAGGUUCAGUCCUUGGCUUUUUUGGGCCGGGUGGGAAAAGACUUGCCUGAACCUUUGAAGAUCUUCUGAACUGGACCGAUGACUUAACUCAUAAGGCAUCUGGCAAAGGAGCUACUAGUAAACUAGCCAGAUAGCAAGGAAGCUUCACAGUUAGUAAGCCAUCAUCUUGACCCUUAGAAGAGCUUCCAUGCCAAUUUUCCAAUGACUUCCAGAAAAUUCAACAGGACAAAUCAAGCAGAUUGCAAUCUGGAAUACAUUUAAGAUGGGGCAAAACCUGCCUCUCUCCCUAGCUUCUGAGCUCACCAGGGUCAGAUCCAGCCCAUACCUCCCAGAGCAGCCCUUUGUAUUCUCCAUUAAGUGAAUAGCUGAGAUUCCAAAAAAGAAGAAGAAGAAUGAAGGACUGCACUCAAAUACAGUCCUGUAGUUGAGCUGAAGUCCAUCUACUAUCUCUGACAUUGAGUUGUUUUGCUUUCAUUGUCAGGUACCACAAAUAAGUGUAAUGAGAUUUUUUGAAAAUGAGCUAUCAGAAAUAAAGUGGCAAGAUUUUGCUGUUUCCUGGUAGCUAUUUUGUGUGUGUGGAGGGGGGUUGUACAUUUAUGCUGUCAAAUGCUGAAAAAUAGAACUGCUGAGUGUCAGAGCACCAUGACUCACUUGUACCAAAGCUGAAAUGCACUGCAAAAGAAAGUACAUUUCGGCUCUUCCAAAAUAGCUUACAUUAUUGUUUUCAUGAAUGGCACCAGGUUCUGGAAGGGUGUAUGAAGGGGCUGAUGUAGGUCGCCUUUGAACUACCUUUCUCAGGAGGCUCUGUAACAUACAGGAACACCCCCUCAAUAUACCCACCCAGUCCAUCCUACUGAUGAAAAUUAUGCCAGUUGGAUGUACUACUGAAAUAUAAUCCCCAUCAUCCCUCAUCAUUGGCCGGGGUGGCUGAUGGGAGUUGGAAUCCAAAACAUCUGGCUAGCACCAGAUGGAUAGGCUAUCUUAAUAGUGUAAGAUUAUUGUGUCCUGUUACAUUAUCAGGGGUCCCUAGUCUGUCUAAAAUUCUUUUCAGUAUGUGACAAUUUGCAGGAGUUGUCCAGGCUUAAAUUUAUAUUAGUUCUGUUUGUGCCAAGAUAUAAUAAUUGACACAGUUUGAGAUACAUUCUGAAGUAAUAUUUAAAAGUUGGGAUCAAAUCAAUGCUCAUACUGAAAUAUGGUCAGCAAUAUGCAUAAAGUUAUAUUGUAAUGUCAUUUAGAGAGGUGUAGAUGUGUAUGUAGGACGCGGGUGGCGCUGUGGGUUAAACCACAGAGCCUAGGACUUGCCGAUCAGAAGGUCGGCAGUUUGAAUCCCUGUGACGGGGUGAGCUCCCGUUGCUCACUCCCUGCUCCUGCCAACCUAGCAGUUCGAAAGCACGUCAAAGUGCAAGUAGAUAAAUAGGUACCACUCUGGUGGGAAGGUAAACAGCGUUUCCGUGCGCUGCUCUGGUUCGCCAGAAGCGGCUUAGUCAUGCUGGCCACAUGACCCAGAAGCUGUACGCCGGCUCCCUCAGCCAGUAAAGCGAGAUGAGCGCCGCAACCCCAGAGUCAGCCAUGACUGGACCUAAUGGUCGGGGUCCCUUUACCUUUUAGAUGUGUACUAUUUAAAUCUGAAGAAUGGAGCAAGCAACAAGUGGGAACUCUACUGCAUUUUAAUGUGAAACUAUUUUUACACCCUAGCAUUGAAGUGAAGGGACCCGUGCUUAAUUCACUUAAUUUGAGUGCUGUAAUAAAGGGGCAGCAAAAAACAUCUGAAGGCAUUGGUCCCAAGAAGCUGACAUCUGUGAUCUGAGAGUAUUUCCUCUCCCCUGAUUACAGGACUGUGUGUUUGUUCUUUAUUACAGUGAAAAUGAUCUGUUUGCCCAACUCUGUCUUCCUGAUCUUCCAGUUUUCAGUGCAAUGUGUGCAAUGUAACUUGACUGCCUAGAAUUGUUGCAACGUUAGGUAGGUCAUUAAGGCAUGUAAUUAAUUGUAAAAAGAUAGCAUCGCUUUUGGCACACAGCCAAAGCCAGAAAGUUAUAGGCAUAUACAGUGGUACCUCGGGUUACAUACGCUUCAGGUUACAUAUGCUUCAGGUUACAGACUCUGCUAACCUAAAAAUAUUACCUCAGGUUAAGAACUUUGGUUCAGGAUGAGAACAGAAAUCGCGUGGCGGCGGCGCAGCAGCAGCAGGAGACCCCAUUAGCUAAAGUGGUGCUUCAGGUUAAGAACAGUUUCAGUUUAAGAACAGACCUCCGGAACGAAUUAAGUACAUAACCAGAGGUACCACUGUAAUCUGAGGACUAUUCAAAUUUCUGAACAUGUCUAAUAAUAACCUGUUACGAUUUAAACUGCCCAACCCUGAUAUUGAUUCUGCGUCUGUGUGCUUUGCUGUAUUCAUUUGCCCUUAUUCCCAAGAACAAUUAGAACUGUAGCCUAAUUGUACUGCUGUUUGUACAACCCUUACAGAGAUAAUUAGCUGCCCUAAAUCUGAAACAAAACAAAAUGCUAAAUGCUUCCAUAUUGUGCUUUCUGAAACUGAAAUGCUUUGGAAUGAGUUACAAUGGUGUCUAGGAAAAGGUUUUAAGUCCUUUUGAGAACUUACAGUGACCAUGUGGAAAGACUUCCUGCACAUAAUCUGUGAAUCUACCACUCCUUUUUCUGUUUGCAAAAUACUGAAAAAACACACACACACUGAGAGAAAACAUACAGUGAUGCACAGGUGGGUUCUCUGUUUCCAGUCAACACAUGAGGGAGGGGAAAGAAGAAUCACACAUCCCUCUUCAUGGGUUUAUUUAUUUUUAUUUAUGUAUUUAUAUAUUAUGUAUUCAAAGCCAUUUCUAAACAGCUUAAUGUUUUCAAAAUCUCUUUAGUGGUGCAUGCUAUGUACAAUGUAAAAAUAUCAUUGUGACUUGUGUUAAGUGUAGAAUAACAAUAUUUUGAAUACGGGUAUGAAACUGGGUGUUUGAUUUGGAGGUCGUCUUGAAAUGUCACAGAAGCCUUCUUCAGAAAUAAUUAAAUAAACACAUGAGGAGGAUGAGCAGGAGAAGCAGAGAUGAGCGAACUAGCUCCUGCCCAUAGCUGUUUUUGUUGCCCUCCAUCUUGCGGAGGGUAAUAUCAGCUAUAUAUGUUUUGGAAUGAAUAGAGAAGACAGCCUGCUGCAGAGGUUUGCUCUCCACUUGGAGCUGCCUUUGCCAGCCUGGUGACUCCAGAUGCUUUGAACUAAGGCCAGGGCUGAUAGAAACCAUAGUUCUAGAUAUCUGGAGGGCGUCCGGCUGAAGCAGGCGGAUUGGAGAAGGGGAAUGGUAGCCAGGUGGGAGGGCAGAGCUAGUGUGUUGUCCCUUCUCCCCUUGUGUGCUUGCUUGGCUCUUAAUGGUGAGACUUGAAGAGACCUAAAGACAUAAUGCAAUGAGGGUGGUUUUUGUUCAAUAAAUUGCAAGUUACCCUGCAUUUCAGGAUCUCUAAGAGGCACCUGUAUUGGGGUUUGGGAAGACAUAUGCAAAAUUUGUGUACCUUUUAAUUAAUAAAUAAUUUGUAAGGCACAUAUUUAAUUGGCGAAAUACCUCUUGAUAAUAGGCAUACAGUUUGACCUGCUUUUGAUGUAUGAAAGCAUUCUAUCUCUUUGAAGAUGGAUGUUAACACCCUUCCUUUCUUGGUCAGCUCUAAUUCAUGGCUUGAAAUGUUCCAAAACCAUUAGCUAUACCAGUCCGAAAUACAUCUGAAAGACAUACACUUGCAUAUAGUGAUAGAAUAAAUGCUAUAUUUAAGGUUUAAGCAAUUUGUAGCUAGUAUGUCUGGUAAGAUCUACACUUUAGAACUAUGUGACCUGAUUACACAAUCAUGAAUAGAAGGCUUCUCUUUAAUCUUUUCUUAGGCUGCAACCCAAUAUUAUACACACCUCCCUGUUUGGUAGAACAUCACAUUGGCGUUUACUUCUGAACUGACCUUUAUAGGAUUACACAGUUAGCUGGUUGGAUUAUAUAUGUAUUCAUCUAAAACCAAAUUGGAUGAGGCUGCUCCCAAGACCAACUUUGUGCUCUUUUUUUUUUUAACCUAUCAUGUGGCAAGCACCCCCAGAAUGACCUGGGUGAAUGGUUGCAAGGGAUGGACUAUUCUUAAAUCAGUGUUAAUCACUUUACUUUUACAAAGUGAUUAAAGGUUCUUAAGUAUUUGUACAGCAUCUUAAAAAGCAGAGACAUCGCCUUGCCAACAAAGGUCCGUAUAGUUAAAGCUAUGGUUUUCCCAGUAGUGAUGUAUGGAAGUGAGAGCUGGACCAUAAAGAAGGCUGAUCGCCAAAGAAUUGAUGCUUUUGAAUUAUGGUGCUGGAGGAGACUCUUGAGAGUCCCAUGGACUGCAAGAAGAUCAAACCUAUCCAUUCUGAAGGAAAUCAGCCCUGAGUGCUCACUGGAAGGACAGAUCCUGAAGCUAAGGCUCCAAUACUUUGGCCACCUCAUGAGAAGAGAAGACUCCCUGGAAAAGACCCUGAUGUUGGGAAAGAUGGAGGGCACAAGGAGAAGGGGACGACAGAGGACGAGAUGGUUGGACAGUGUUCUCGAAGCUACCUGCAUGAGUUUGACCAAACUGCGGGAGGCAGUGGAAGACAGGAGUGCCUGGUGUGCUCUGGUCCAUGGGGUCAUGAAGAGUCGGACACGACUAAAUGACUAAACAACAACAAGUAUUUGUACAACUAUUUUGUGAAAUGAAUUAGUCAGGCUACUUGAUGUGGUUGAGAUGGUGCCUGAAUCAAUCUCUUUGAAGUCCAGAAGCUCAGUAUUGAACCUUUUGGGACAUCUAUUUACAGAUUGUUCAAUGCCUUCCCACCUAUCAGAUCUCAGUUUUAACACAUGUGGUCAGUGAUGGCAUUUGACACAUAAUAUAUAUUUGUUUAAGGGCUAUGCUGAGCUAGUUCAGAGCUAACAGAGCUAUCUACAUUCAGUAGUUCUUUCAUUUUCUUCAUUGUGUGGACUUCAGCGACACUGGAUUGUUCAUUUCAUUCAUCUUAACUAUUUUUACUUAUAUUAUUUUAUUUCUCUAUAUCAGAUGAAAUAAAUGUUUAGAGGAGGAAAAACCCACCAGUAACUUCUGUACAGUAUUUGUUUCUGGUAUGGGAGAAUGAGAGAUACCUGUGGUGACAUGGUCUGUUGCAUUCCUUCCCAUAUUGAAGAGCCCAUGUUAUCACUGAAGCUUCUUAAAAGAGUUUUAUUAAAUUCUGUUUGAUAGGCUAUAUUCACAGCUGAACACCUUACAUAAGAUAGCUUAAUUAUGGUUUAGCUCAAGGGGAUAAUUAAAACUUCAAGUCUGCAGUUCAAGACUGAUACGUGCAUAAAAGUAGACUGAUUUUGAUUUUUCUGGUAGCAAGCUGAAAUGAAUCUUAUAUUUCAGGUGGUAUCGGAUAGCAAAGCAAGGAUAUAAAAAAACUGCAUAUAGAACCCCUGAGUUGUAACACAAAACGCCACUUCUUAAUCUUCUUCAUUCCUUACAAAAAAAAUCACUCUCUUGUCUCCCCAUGCCAGUGGCCUCAUGCAGCACAUACAUUCAGCAUGAAUUCAUUUCCUUGUCAGUCCUUAGACUCUCUCUUCUUUCUUCCUUCUCCUUAACCUUCUCCUCACAACCCAACCUACAUUCCUCAGGAAUUCCCCUUCAUGCACAACUUGUAAUCUCUUUCCCUUUCUGGCUCCUGGACUCCUUUUACUAGAGUAUGCAGCUUGCGGUGGUUGCAAAGGACAAGCCUCUGAGACAGUGUCAUAGGUGACACAAAAAAGCUCCUUCAGUCUGGCCCCGUGCUAUUCUGCCACUUGCAAUUAUCGUCAGUCUGGCACAAGAUGAUGAGAAAUUUGCUGUACAUUCUAGACAAAAAAAUUGAUUUGAUCCUUACUUUUGUAUAGUAUAGUAGGUUACAUUUUGCCUCUGGCUGCACCAACUACUGCCAUCUGGUUCCCACAGAGUUGCCCAUGAGGGAAUGCUGCCUUAUGCUAAACAAAGAUUUCCCCACCCUGGGUUUUUAAAAAAAAACCUUAUGUGAUAUAGUAGUAUAAACACCGACAAUUGGGAAACACUGGCCUGCGAGCGCUCCAAUUGGAGAAAAGCCUUUACCAAAGGUGUAAUGGACUUUGAAGACACUUGAACUCAGGACGAAAAGGAGAAACGUGCUAAUCUUACUCAGCUACGAGUGAUUGCCAAAGAAGAAUGUGUGUGUGUGUGUGUGUGUGUGUGUGUGUAUACAUAUAACAUAUCACCACCCCUUUUCCAGUUACAGCCAGAUUUGCCCUCCAGUGCCAUAUUUUUAGGAGUGUACUCUAAUUUUUGCCAUUAUCCAAAGUAGUCCCCCCGCUACUAUUCCCAGAUUUUGAUGCAAUUCUUAAAACAGAAGUAUUAAAAAAAUAUUACUACCAUAUCAUAUAUCUGAAGUGUGCGAUCAGUCAUUUCCCCCCUGUCUCUGGAUAGGGUUGCCACCUUUCCCCCCUGAUUGGGUUCCUGUACCUUUAAACAGAUCUGUCACAAGCAGAAAUCAAACAGGUGCAGACCUUUAAGGCACCGCUGUUGUUUUUCUGCCUAUCCUGCAGCUGUUAAAGGCACAGGAGCCUGCUGGAAAUGAAAGGUAACAAUCCUAAGCCUGCUAUACGUGGCUGUCUGCCAUAUGAACAAUAUUGGGUGCAUCUAUCUGUAUUUGAAUAUUUAGCCACACCUAAAACUGGGAGGUUGGGGCGAUCACUCUCCUGCGUUUAUCCACUCGGAGUUCAGCAAGAAGUUGUUCAUUUUAACAGCAAAGGAAGUUGUGCUAUCUGGGUUCCUGGAGGGUUAAAAACAAUCACCUGCAUUUGAAAUGAGACUUGGAAGUAGGAAGUGUUGCUGUGGCUUGAGCUUCCUGUAUAAAUAAGUGUAGCUUUCUUACAGCUACUGCAUAUGUGCGCGACGUGCAUUUUAAGAAAUAAUGGCAACAUGCUCUUAAUAGCUGGGAGGAGAUUAUUCUUCGGAACGAGGAGACGGUUGAGAGAUGAGCCCUGCUCCAGACCUAUAACGUGUGAAGCUUUCAGAUGCUGGGAGAAGGAAGGAAGCGGUGAGAAAUGAAACGCGUUUCUUCAGACUCUGAGCUUUUGCUGGCGGUGACAUGUCUUGGAGGCACUGAAGUGUGAGUGAAGCUAUUGAAAAGUCAAACGUUUGGGAGCGAAUCCUGCUCUCUUUUGGCAAGGUAUGCUGGAACGAUCUGCAUUUCUUUAUAGCGGGGGCAAUUAAGUAAGGGCUGUCAUUUUCCUUUCCAGUUCCUAAAGGGCAAAAGGAGGUGAAACCCAAUCAUUUUGGGUACUUGGUUUUUUUUAACAUACACAGCCAGCACUGUAGUUCAUCUGAGGCAAAACUGGGUUUCUUAGAAAUUAAAUGCCAAUGUUAGAGCAGUAACUUAUGCACUUUCUUCGGUAGGGGUGGUUGGUUUUAUCAGUAUAGCUUUGCAGAAAUAAAUGCUCACUUUACUUGUGUGGGGCAAACACUGAAAAGUCUUUAAGAUGAUUUCAAACCAAGUGAUCAUUUUAAAUUUGUUCACUCCUAAUGGAAACUUCAAUUCUGUUCUUUAAAUAAAAGGAUGAUCUGAAAGAUGUUAAGGAGAGGAUCUAUUUGAAAAGAUACAUACUUUGUGUUUGUGUCAUGUAAUUUGCAGCACAAUUCCAGAAAUAUUUUGCAUGGUGGAACUAUGUCUGACUAUAGAGACAGUUUUUUUUGUUUUCUCUAAUUGUUUUUAAACUUCAGGAAUAACAUACAGAAUAUACGUAUUUUUAGUUCCUAUUGUAGUUUUACUAUUCUAGGCAGAAAAUGAAAGCCACAUGCUUAUGUGUCUGCAUAUUUAUAGUAAUUUUGGAUACAGUGUCUUGUUCCACCAUCCUAGUGUGAAGUGCCUUUUGCACUUUUCCUGUGAAUGGCUGUUGCUUUAAGAGUUUGCUUCACAGAGUGUAAGUCAGUUAUAAUGCCCUGAACUCCAGUUAAAUAUCUUGGAAGGUUUAAAGAAAUGGUGUAGUAUGAUUUCUCUGCCUUAAUAUGUGCCAGAUAUAUUUCUGAAGAUGCGGCUUCAGUAUCUGUGAUUGUGGGGAUCUACUAUUGUGGAAUUUCUGUUCUUCUUUAUGCCAUGUUCACCUUAGCUGAUAAACUGGGAAUAAAUGCAACACAUGGGAAGAGAUCGUGCCUGCUGGACUUACACCUGCAGGGACCAGGAGGUCUACACUCAUAGGUUCUGAAUGUAUGAUUCCUAUUUUCCUUUCCUGCAGGGUACAGGAUAUGUGUUCAUAGUCUAUAUUAGGGUCCUCAAACUCAGCCCUACAGAUGUUUUGAGACUACAGUUCCCAUCACCCCUGACCACUGGGAUCAUGGGAGUUGUAGGCCAAAAACAUCUGGAGGGCCGAGUUUGAGGAAGCCUGACCUAUGUGCAUUGGAGGUAUGCUUGUUUGGACUUUUGCACGUAAAUCAGUAUCGGUGUCUGAGGUUCAGAGGCAGGAUCUGCAGGUGUAAGCCCCAUCUUGCCUUCCAUGUGUACAUUUAUAUUGAGCUUAGACACCUGUACAGGACUCUGAGUGGAUGCGGUCAUGGAAUUAUAGAAUCGUAGAGUUGGAAGGGACCCCAAGGGUCUCGGCUAAAGCAUCCAUGAAAGAUGGCCAUCCAGCAUCUGCUUAGAAACCUCCAAGGAAGGAGAGCUCCCAACCUCCUGAGGGAGGGCUUUCCACUGUCGAACACCUCUUACUGUCAGAAAGUUCUGCCUGAUGUGUAGUCGGAAUCUCCUUUCUUGUAACUUGAAGCCAUUGGUUCGAGUCCUACCCCUCCAGAGCAGGAGAAAACAAGCUUGUUCCCUCUUCCAUGUGACAGCCCUUUAGAUAUUUGAAGAUGGCUGUUGUAUCUCCUCUGUUUCCUCUUUUCCAAGCUCCUUCAACCGUCCCUCAUAAGUCAUGUUUCUUGUGCAGCAAUCCCUUUUUAAGCUGAAUGCUGUGGGUUUGGAGUUGUGAUGAAGAGCGGCUGUUUCCAUUGGGUGGCUUGAGCAAAGUUUGAGCAAAUCAUGUGGCAAAGUUUCUGCCAGUUAUACUUUACAACAUAUCCAAAAGGUUUUCUAAUAGCAUCCUCUUUCACUGUCUAUUCAGCUCCUUUUUAUUCUGCAAGCAACCUAAAGAAAGCUGGGCAUGACUUCUGUGAUCGCUUCCCCCAAAGUCUUUAUUCAUCAGGUGAAACCUUCCUUGCUCUGAGCUUGUUUACCUUUGUUUGGUGCUCUGAAUAGAGUGGGCAUUUCUUGUGGUGCAUUUCUGUUCUUCUCAUAAUCAGAUAGCUAGAGUCAGAGGAGCUCUGGUUCUCUAUUCUGUCUCCAGAACGACCAGCUUUAUGUUCUUCAUUUCUAAACUGAGCUCUUGGGGAUGUGUCACUUAGUGGGUUUUCCCAUUAACUACUUUGGGCAGUGAGUGUCUUGUCUUCUCCUCACCUCAGAAUGAACUUCUGGUUUCCUGGAGCCUUGUUUUCAGUGGAAGGAUGCCAGAGUUAGUCAGUAGGUACCAAACCACAUGUUGACCAGAGUUAAACCACAAGGCGAAGCAACACGAUGAAGCCACAAGGUGCAGAUACAUUAAGGGCUUUAGUACACUCAGAACUGAAACUCUGCCCCUUUCUUGGCAAACAGCAUGCUGAUAUUAUGUGGCAUGUGAAAGGUGCUGAUCUUGGUUCCCAGUCAAGUUAAAUGAGCUGGAAUUGAGAAUUGGAUCAGGUUUGCCAAUUGUAUAUAUCAGAGCUGGAUAGGUUUUCUUUUCUUUCUUUGGUAUUGUAAUUUUAUGUUGUGAACCACCCUGAGAUCUAUGGGUAUACAAACAAACAAUUUGUGAUGAUGGUGAGAAGAGUUCAGCUCUCCCUCUACCUCCCAACUUCUCCAGCAGAAUUAAGUUAUAGGACGAGUAAAGGGGAACAUGGCAGAAGGCCAUUGGGAGGACUAGACAAGAAUUGCUUCUGGGAGCCACAGAGUAACCAUGAUAACUGGAAGACAUGCCUGGAUGCCUGAAAUGGUCUGCAUCACCUCUCCUGGCUGUGCCCUUUUACAGCCACGAGGGAAACUUGCUCUGUUUUUAAAAAGGAAAGCUGAUAGCCUUGUUAUUUUUUCUAAAAAAACCCCACCCAGUUCUACUGUUUGCUCUAUUGCUUGCUAACCUAGUUUAUAAAGUUGCUAGGUUGGUCCUGUAUAUAUGCUUCUGAGCAUUGGACUUUGGCAUCUUUGGGAGAACAUUGUCUACGUUUUGAAAAUAAACUGUAGUAGGCAAAUAAAGAGAAGCCUGAUGCCUUGACCAUAGCCAAGAAGGCAGGUGUUCUCAGCAAGCAAUGCAUCCAGUGGCAACAAGCUCUUAAUCUGUACUGGCUGAAAUUGAGUAGAACACUAGAGUUUCUGACUGUAAAGAUUGACUCCUACUAAAAAUGCAAUUUUUGAGUGCUAUUGAAUCACUGGGUUAAGGUUGCAGCAUUUACAAAUGUUUACUUAUCUGCCAGUGCCAAAUACCUUUGUUCUGAGCUUUCAUUGUCUUUGUGUUGCACAUUAGCUGGGCCUUGCAUUAACAAGAUAUAAUCAUCACCAUCAUCACAAUAAUCAUUUUAAAUUUAUACCCCACCUUUUUCCCUGACAGGGACUCAAGGCAGCUUACAGAUAGAAAAUAAUUAAAACAUAGGAGGGAAAAUCAUUAAAAACAAUUAAACAUAGAUAAAAUUUAAAACUAUCCAUCCAUCUACACACCGUAUAGAUAUUUACAGUAAAAACCACAUUACCAGCUACAUAAUACGAAAUUGAUAUUGCUGAACAUUUCCAGACUUGGGCAUACCUGCUUGUUUUUAUGUAUUCCAAUACACACAAUUUCUGUGGUUUCAUGGGAAUAGCUUGAUGUGUGUGUGUGUGUGUGUGAGAGAGAGAGAGAGAGAGAGAGCGAGAGAGAGAGAGAAGGCAGCAGCGGCGGCGGGGGGGGGGGGUGUCUCUUCCAAAUUUCAUGUGAUUACUAGGACCCUAAGCUGAAGCUCCAAUGACCACAAUAAAAACAACCAAGAAAUGCAGGAAGGGACCAUAUAAGCAGAGUAACAUGCAAAGUUUAGAGAAACUAAAUUCCUUUAUUCUGUUUGGGUCCUUUUUCUGUAAACAGGAUCUUUAACUGUAGCAGCAUUGUUACUUUUUGCUUUCUAGAACAGUAGUUGUAUUGGUGUGUUGGACCAAAAAAAUCCCUUGUAUGCUUACUUGGGAGAGUAAACUCACAAGGGUGGGAAAGACCCCCAUCUGAAAUCCUGGAGAAGUACUGCCAGUCACUAUAGACAGUACUGAGAUUGAUGAACUAAUGGUCUCGUGCAGUAUAGAAAGUUGGAAGGGACCCCAAGGGUCAUCUGGUCCAACCCCCUACAAUGCAAGAAUCACAGCUAAGAAAUCCCUGGCAGGUGGCCAUCCAACAUCUGUUUAGGAAUCUCCAAUGAAGGAGAAUCAACUACCUUCUGAUGUAGUCCUUCCCACUGUUGAACAGCUCUUACCAUCAGAAAGUUCUUCCCAAUGUUUAAUUGGAAUUUCCUUUCUUGUAAUUUGAAUCCAUUGGUUCAAAUCUUGCCUUCUGGAGCCGCAGAAGACAUGCUUUCUCCAUCUUCCACAUGACAUCCCUUCAGGGAUUUGAAGACUGCUAUCAUAUCACCUUUCAAUCUUCUCUCUUCCAGGCUAAACAUACCAAACCCCUCAACUGUUCCUCAUAAGACCCUUGAUGAUCUUGGUUGUCCUCCUCUGCACGUGUUCUAGCUUGUCAAUAUCCUCCUUAAACUGUGGUGUCCAGAACUGGACACAGUACAGAUAGGGUCCAAUCAAGGCCGAAUAGAGCAGCACUACUUCCCUUGAGCUGGCCACUAGACGUCUGUUGAUGCAUCUUAGAAUUGCAUUAGCUUUUUUCUGCUGCAUCACAUUCAUGUUAAGCUUGUGGUUUACUAAGAUCCCUAAAUCCUUUUUUUACAUCUACUGCAGUCAAGCCAGGUGUCCCUCAUCCUAUAUAUGUCUAUCAGGUUACCGUAUGUCCAUCAGAUUACUCCUGCCUUACAAAUGUAGAACCUUACAUUUGUCCCUAUUGAAAUGCAUUUUGUCAGUAGAAGUCAGCUUUAUAUGUUCUAAAUCAAGUAGGGUUUAUGUCUAAAAUAAUAUAUUUAUUCCAUAUAAUUAAAUAUGUAUGCACUGGUACCUCGGUUUAAGAACAGGCCUGUUUCCGAAGUAUUCGGUUUAAGACCUCUGCAAAACCAGAAGUAGUGUCCUGGUUUGCGAACUUUACCUCGGUCUAAGAAUGGAAGCCGAACAGUGGAAGGGCACCGGCGGUGGGAGAGCCCUUGUUAGGGAAAGCGUGCCUCAGUAUAAGAACGGUUUCGGUUUAAGAACGGACUUCCGGAACGGAUUAAGUUCAUAAACCGAGAUACCACUGUACUAUGAUAUAUAUAUUCAUGUUAUAUUUAAAUAAAUACCUCUAAGAAAAUCUACACAGGGUUGGAAAUUCUAAUUUGCGGUACUCACUGUGGAAAAAUUGAAGCAGGGUGGUUGUUAUUCCAGAUUAGUUAAUCCAGAGCACUUUUGUCUCUGUCUCCACACAUUGUUGGCUCUUACUCUGCCCACCAUUGUCCUGUGACCCUCAACAGAGUAUUAUUACCCUCAAAAGAAUUCAGACCUUGACAGAAAGAACUUUUUGCUCUAAGCUUUUUUUCUGGGGACAUUGGAUUUUGAUAUCUGCAAGAUUUGGCACUGACAAGUGGAUGACCUUGCACAUGUUUCUGCCUCCUCACUAUGUGUCCUUGCUUUCAGAAAACCUGGUCCUCAUGUUAUACAAUAUUUUUUGUUCCAUACCCUUCAGUUAGCUCCACUUCUCAUUCCACUGAAGUUGCAUCAAGGCUCUUUUUAAUGGAGGCAAGCUUCCAGAUUACUGCGGAGGUCUUUACAUGGCUUUUAAGAUGACAAAGUAAGGCAGGUUCCUUUGUGCCUUUUUGAGGAAGGAGGAAAUGGUGAUCAGAGUGAGGCACGACCACAAUGCAGCCUUAUUUUUUACAAACUAAAAAUGAAAGCACUGGCCGUUUGUGCCCACACUUACUCCCACUUAACAGUAUUGACUUUUCAAUGUUAGGAAGCUGAAGGCUAGUUUUAAUGCUUUGCCUCUUUCCUCUGCGGUUGUCAUGGGAAUAAUGAAAAAAAGCAUUUAUAAGUAUAUGGUAUGAGUCAUUGAUAUGGGAGAUGGCAGUCUCUGUGUGAGAGGCAUAAACAUUUCACUGGAGUAACUUUUCAGCCAGAUCAAAAUGGAAUUGUAAACAUGCUCAAGGAUCAGGUAAGUGGUCUUGGAUGCCCAGGUAGCAAUGGUGCCCAGAAGAGGAGCCUUUUACCUUCUUAGUAUGCCUUCCGUGUCCUUUUCUGGGUGCAGAAAGGAUCUGGCUGUUCCCAUAUGAACUUGCACAACUGACCUGGUCAGUUUUGUUGAAGGCCCUGCUUUCUGUGUCUUUACUGAAAGAGGUACAGUAGAUGAGUAUGAAAAGCAGGGCCUUCUCACUGGAAUUUUCCAGGCUGGACGUCCCUCCAUUAGGAAACUCACCUGACCUUUUCACUCUUAGGAGACUGAUUAAGGCUGUUCUUUUGAGGAGAUGGAGAACUUAGCUUUGAUUCCCCCACCCCACCCCCGCCACUGCUUUUCAUAGUUUUUUUGCUGCUCAUUUUGUUCCUACUCCAGCGGCUUUGCUGGUGAGUGUGACCUUGAUUUUCUUAAAACAUAAAACGUAUUUAAUAUCUGUUGCGAAGCACUUUUGUUGCAGAAUAUUACAUGGGUCCAGGUUCUUGGGCACAGUUCUUUGUCAGACCUGCAACCUCAGCUUUCUGGGAAAGAUUAGAUAAAGUCUGCAAAAGAACUGCAGGAAAGGAUGGAGGAGCUGAUCAUGCAGAGGCCAGGUGUGUGACCCACGUGAUCAGAAAAGAACAUACUGUAUUUUUCGCCCUAUAGGACGCACUUUUCCCCCUCCAAAAAUGAAGGGGAAAUGUGUGUGCGUCCUAUGGGGCGAAUGCAGGCUUUCGCUGAAGCCUGGAGAGCGAGAGGGGUCGGUGCGCACUUCGCGCCCGCCUCCCGAUGGCUGCGCAGAGCUGCCUGCUGUCCCGGGGCGAGCACCACUCUGCGCAGCCAUCGGGAGCGGGGCACGAAGUCGCGCCCGCCUCCCGAUGGCUGCGCAGAGCUGCCUGCAUUCCGAAGCCUGGGCAGACCAGCGCGACUUACCGCUGGCGUCCCUAGGCUUGCAGAUAGCAGGCUGUUCUCGGGGCUGGGAUUGGGGGAAGCUCGGACUUCCCCCGCGCCUGGGGGGGGGAAAUAUAUAUUUUUUCUUUAUUCCCCCCCCCCAAAAAAACUAGGUGCGUCCAAUGGGGCGGUGCGCCCUAUGGGGCGAAAAAUACGGUAACUGUGUGCAUCCAGGGCCGGGGUAAAGUUAUGGCGGCAGAAGGAAUCAAGAGUGAAGGGGAGAAAACAAUUACAGGAAAUCAGCAGGGGGUGACUGAACAGCAGAGCUGUUAGAAUGGCCGAGAUAAGCUAUCAUGAAUAGAGGAGUGCCAAAGUGCAUCAGUAUCAGCUAUGGCCCUAAAAAAUAGACCAAGUUUUAUUGUGGCUAAACCCUAUAUUUUGCUUUGUUUGCUAUUCACCUAUCUAGAAAAUACUUAGAUUUUUUAUACACAGUUGAUGUUCUUAAAUGGAAGAUAGUGGACUUUAUUACAGUAGAUGUCUCGAUCCUUUUAAAAAUGAACAUGGGAUGAAAGGAAAUAUGUAUCUGGGAGGAAAAAUAGAUGAUCCUGUGACCCACCUGUAUGGAACAAAUACAGUAAUAAAAUAAUCAGCCGGGUGCCUGAAUUAAAAAAUGUGGGGCCAAAUUCACCCUCCAGCAAGAUAGAGCCCCCAGUAGAGUAGUUUGGCAGCAACAUUAAUGUGAGGAUAUAGGUUGUUAGACCCUUUUAUCCUGCUUGGUUCCAUACAAUAUUUUCCACUUUCUCCCCCUUUGCAAUGAACAGACCACACACUGUUAAGUUUAAAAUGCUUUACUUACAAAACUUUCCAAAGGUCAGAUUUGUGCAUUUAUCUGAGCAACAGCAAGGAGAACACAUGCAGAACAUCUUGGGUAGAAAAUACAGAAAGAUAGUUCCAAACACCUGCUCUAAGCUUGCAGCUUGCUUGGACGCGUCUUUCUUGGUCAGUUACGUGGUGUAGUGGAGUGAGGAACAGGAAGCGAAGGCUUCACUUCCUCUCUUGCUGGAAAAGAGGGGGUGUGACCUAGCUGAGUCUAGGAAUCCAGCUCUUUUAAACCCUUCAAGUGCUAACUAGCACUCAUGUUUGACUGCACUAUCCCACAAUAUGUGUCCUUUGCUUGGUUGUAAGUUAAUACAGUGGUGUAUUAUGAAGAACCACCAUUACCAAAUGUGUGGACAAGCGACUCAAUAGAACAGUGGCUUUCACAUGUUCUGUCUUCAGGAUGUGUUUCCAUAUUUGUUUGUCACAGAACCUCCGCAGCGACUCCCUCAGACAUUGAAUUCUGUGGCAUGCUAUAGGAGGCACAAUGUAAACUGAAUUUGCCCCCCUCAGCACUCUUCUUUUGCAUGUAGAAGAUGGAAAGCUUUCUUUCUAAAAUGAAGCUGGUCUCCCUUUAGAUAUAUUUUUCAGGAACCUGGUGGUUUCUUGGAGUAUAGUUUGAAAACCACUUCUAUAGACUGAAACUACAUACUCUGGCAUAGAACAGCUAUAUAUGCUUUGUGAAGCAUUAUAGCUCUCUUCAGUUAAUCAGAUGUUGAAUUAAUAAGAACUGAGUUCUAUCUUUUGCUUUUAAUGUCAUGUGGAUGUAUCACAACUGUCAAUGGGUAAUUUUUGUAAGAACCCAUUAUAGUUGAAUGUUAACAAACAUCUGCUCAGUUUGCCAAAUAAGAGUUUAGCCUCAUGAAAUGUUAAUCUUGAUACUCUGUCUUGCAUUGGGAAGGGGGGAACUAUCCUGUUCAAAACACUGGGAAAUGUUAUGAAUCUUGGCAUCCAAAGGAGGGUUUUCUUUUGUCUUGUUGGUUGAUUAAUUUCACUUCCAUGGUUGUUUCUGUCACUUGAAAAUAUAGGCCUUACUAUGCAAAAGUGAACUAGUUCAGUUGCACAAAUCUGAACUACAUCUGAAACCAAUUAUCCUAAUUUCCAGGUGAACUAAAGAUGAAUAAAAUUCAUUUUGAAAUAGAAUUUUGAACAAUUUCUAGUUCAUCUUCACAUUGAUUCUUUCCCAUCCACCCCCAGCCAAAGAUUCAGAUUCUUAGCUUUCAUUUUUAAAAAGCAAGUCAAUAGCACAUAUAUAAAGAAAGUCAGAAAUAAAAGAAGCAGCAGCAAAAUUCUAAGGCUUAUUAGGCAGAUAUGGAGGUGCUACUGUUUCCACUGUCACUUAAUAAUCAGGAAUGCAAGGCAUUUCCUGCAUCUUCCCUGCUGAAGAGAUAUUCUAUCUUCCAACAGGAGUACCUUGCCGCAAGAAGUACUGGUACAGAAACAAAGUGAAUCAUGCCUUGUGGCUGGCGCAUAUUAAACUGGGCAAGCCUUUUCUAUUAUGGAGAAAGUGUCACCUGUUGACAUUUUAUCUGUCAGAUACCUUAUUACUCAUUUGUGGUCCCUGAUUUACUUUUGGACCCUGUAGUUCAACACAGCAGUUUGUAAUGUUUGGAAUGUUGGGGGGGGAUAUUGAGGAUGAACUUUUAAUGAACUUGAACUGAAGUAGUUUGUUUUGUAAAAAGGCAGCCUUGAGAUGGAACUAGUUCCUUAUUAAACAGAAUGAGCUUAUACUACAGUUGGUAUACACACACACACACACACACACACACACGUCUUGAUGGCAAAAUAACCUCAACACCUUGUACCAUAGCUCCUCUCCCAUCUUGGUUCUUUUUCCUGUCACUUGUGUUGAAUUGGUUGCGUGCAAUAUAAAAGCAAUCUGUGCAUUUGGUUCUUUUAAACAGUUGAAGCACUUGUUUAUCUUCCCCACAUAUUCUAUGUUCCGUUGGCAGAUUAAUCUUUGAACAUAUUUUCUUAAAGUGUAUACGAGAUGGUAAUAAAAGAUUAGAAAUCUGUUUGUGGUAUAGUGCCAUAGAUAGACAGGAGAACGUUUAAAAGCAAACAAAGUAAAGGUUUGCUAAGUAUGAAUACUGUGCUUGCGUGCUCUCUAAAGGUUCCUGGUCUAAUAGAUUUUAAAGGUUAAGUAAAUGUAGUCCAACUUUAGUUUCCCCUCAACAUUAGUCUGAUAUGUUUUUCUCUUGCGAGGUCUAGUUUUCACUUAACAUUUGCGGUACUUAGAAUUGCACCCAGACAGUAAUCUGAAGAUGCUUGAUAUUGUUCUGUCUCUGACAUGAAGCUAAGCUGGACUGGUCCAAGUCAACCCCUCAUGGGGGACCAUCACAUAACUCCAUAUGUACUUGGAGAAAGGGCUGGAUAUAAAUGUUAACAGAUUUAAAGUUAAACCAAACUAUUCUUAUCUAAUACCUUUUUCUGAGGAAGAAGAUAGGUAGUUAGUCCCUAAUGCCUUGAUUUGGCCACAAGAUGAUGAUGAUGAUGAUGAUGAUGAUGGCGAUUAUUAUUUGCACAUAUAGUCUACCUUCUUCUCCAAGAAGUUCAAGUUGGUGUACGUGGUUCCUCAUCCUCUUCAUUUUAUUUGCACAACAACCAUGUGUGAGGUAGGUUAGGCUGAGAGGCAAUAAUUGGCCUAGUGAGUUUCAUGGCUGUGUGAGGAUUAGAAGUCUAUUCUCCCAGGCCCUAGUUCAGUACUCUAACCACUACACCACAACUGGCUCUAAAAAAUUGGUAACGGCCAACUAAUGUCCCCAAUUAAUCCUGAUUGUGAAUUCCACUGUGUCUGGAAUAAUAGCAAAAAUGUAUUUAAGCCUCUUUAGUCUGUUGCGUUCCUGGUUAACAGGUUUUUGGAUGAAACAUCUUUUUGUGUUUGGUGGAGCGUUUGUGUUUUUGUGUGGAAGACUGUGGAUUUGCACUGACAUGCAGCAUGAUAACUUUUAAGUGCACUAUUAACUUCUUUUUAGUUAUUACUUCAAUCCCGGGAACCCUAGUUCGUGGUCCUUCAAUUAUAUAUUAUAGUGUAUUAUAUUACAGCAAUCAGGCUUGAGACCCUUCAGGUUAUAACUAUGUGCCUUUUCAUGUUAUAUCUAGGACAAGGAAAGAUCAACAACUUCAGUUGGAUGGCAGUUCUCUUAGCAAUAAAUCCUUGUUUGUUUGAAGAGGCUACUCCCAGUAAUGUAUUAUGCAACCUGAAUGUGUGUGAGUGUGAAUAUUCACUUUAAAAAAAUUCUUUCCUUGUUUCUGUGAUAGUACUAUGAAGUCUCAGGGCUACCUCCCACAUCAAGCUUUAAAGAUAUAGUGGGUGAGAACAGAUUCUUACAGGGAGUGCUCUUCGCUCGUUUUGUCAAUUGUCUAACAUCCUGUUUCCUGCGGCAGCUAGCUGUUAUUCCUUGAAACUGCAAGAAAAUAAUACAAUAUGGAUACUUGGGCCAAGAUCCAAAGGAACUGUGCAGCUAGUUUUGUGAGUCCAAAGCAGUUUUGGAUUUGUUUUCUGGAAUAGCCAUCGUCGAUAGCACAUUGCAAGCCAUUUUUUAAAUUGAGGGGACAUUAAAAGCAACUUAUAUGGCGCCAGAGCCUGCUUGGAGAGAAGAAUAACCCUUCAGGUUUGCAGCAGCAUUUGGCUAUGCCCAGAAUAGAUUUUAAUCUUAUUUUAUGAAAGCCUUACUCUGUGUUGUGUCAAAACAGCGGCUUGCAACAGACACGUGGUAGGCAUCUUGAAGCCAAUUUAUGUGGCAUCUGACAUUAUUACGGUUUGGUGGUACACUCAAGGGCUGACUCCAUCUUCUAUCAAAAGUCUAUUUAGAUUGAGUCAACUCUGGACAUAAUUCUGUGUUGUGUUAUCGUUUUGCAAAGUCCUGUAGUAAUAGUGGAUAGCUUUAUAAUAGCAGACAGGGGAAGAAGAAGAAGAAGAAGAAGAAGAAGAAGAAGAAGAAGAAGAAGAAGAAGAAGAAGAAGAAGAAGAAGAACUUCGUAAGACAGUCUUUUAAAGGAUCCUGGUCCUAUGCCAUUUACUUCCUUCCAUGGGUGUGUGGUGCCUUUACAUUGAUUAUUUGUGGUUAGGUGGUGGCUGUUGUAGGGAGGUAGUUUUCUUUGGCCUUUCCAGCUGGGGCUGUUUUCCCAGCCAGUUUAGGCAGCAUUGAGACAUUCCCAGCCUGCAGCGUUCCCUUUUGUUUUGAUGCUGAGAGCCCCUGAAUGAUGACCUAGUUGUUGUUGACCUUUUGUGGUAUAAUGUAGUCAAAUGGCAUUGUCUGAAGGACAGUCCUUUUGCUUCUCCUCUGUGUAAACCCCGAGUGAGCAGAGCAUUUCCUGAAAGGAGAUAGCCAUGUUGGGAAAUGAAAGGAUCUGUCCCAUAAAGGCAUAUCCUACUCUUUUUACCACCUAGAAUUCAGAGAUGCCUGGGUUUACUGAGGGCCAAACUGGGCAUACAGUGGCAGACGUGUCUCUUUGUUCAUGUGUCUCCCUCAUUCACACACAAAGCAGUAGGUAGGCGGAACUAGGGGGAUAUAGGGGACAUAACCUGAGCCCCCUCCCUCCCCUGCCUUAACUUCUUCAGGGCUUUUAAAACAGACACCUUCUCUUUCAGCCUGGAAUGCUGAGUGAGGCUGGGGGAGAAAAGACUCAGGGAUGAUGGACUUCAAGGAGGAAAGUGUUCACCUCCCUUCUGUCCCUUUGAUAAAAUUGAAACCUCCACCUUUUCACUUGAAAAGUGAAUGACAUGUGGUUGCUGCUGUAGUGUCUAGGCCUCAAGCCUCCCUAAACUUAAGGAGGCUUACUCACACUGAAACGCUCAUAGUACAGCCCAUCCCGAGCAGAGAUGUCUCCUGAAUACUGCAUUUUUGAUACUUGAAAUAAAUUCCUGUCUAUUUGAUGCAGGCUGAAAAUAUUUCUCUGUAAAUACUGGAAUGCAUUAUUAUUGUGCCUAAUUAAAUUUGUAUCCUGUCCUUCCUCUGAAGAUCACAGGGUGGUUCUCAAGAUAAAAAUGCAAAAUGAGAACACAAAAUACAUAAUAAAAUAAAAACAAACCAAUAACCACCACCCCCAGCCACAUUUAAAAGGCCAUUGAAGGUUAAUCAGCCAAAGGUUACAGAGAAACGUUUUUGCCUGCUGUUUAAAUAUAAGAAGGUGCCAGGCAAGCCUCCCUGGGAAGAACAUUUCACAAACCGGGAGCCACCACAGAAAAGACUCUUUCUCUUGUUGCUACCCUCCAGACCUCUCAUGGAAACAGCACACGAAGAAGGGCCUCAGGUGGUGAUUGCAGGGUUUGGGUCGGUUCACAUGGGGAGAAACACUCCUUGAGAUAUUGUGGUCCUGAGUCGUUUAAUGCUUGUGCCUGAUGUGUAUCUAGGGAGGUAUGCAGAAGGCUCUGCCUUUUAGCCUGGAAAGGAAGCUCUACUACUUCAUGCCAAGUAUACUAAAAGGGGCCCUAAUUACCCAGUGCUUCUUUGGCGAUCACUCGUAGCCAAGUAGGAUUGCCUUCCAUAAACACGGUUUUAACAAUGAGUCCGUAAGUGACUGUGGAGGCCAAUUCUGGAUCCACACGUCCUUCCACAGUGGGGACAUUGGUUUCCGUGCGGGAGUUGAUCAUGGUGUGGAUUUGCCAAGUGUGCCUUCCUUGUUUCUCCCUUGUGUCCUGAGUUCGAGUGUCUUCAAAGCCCAUGGCACCUUUGGUAAAGGCUGUUCUCCAGUUGGAGCACUCGCAAGUGUUUCCCAAUUGUUGGUGUUUAUACUACAUUUUUAAAAAAUUGCCUCAAGACAGUCUUUAAACCUCUUUUGUUGACCAUCAGCAUUACGCUUUCCAUUUUUAAGUUUGGAAUAGAGUAGUUGCUUUGGAAGAUGAUUAUCAGGCAUCCGCACAACAUGACCAGUCCAACGAAGUUGGUGUGGAAGAAUCAUUGCUUCAACACUGGUGAUCUUCCUUCUUCCAGUACACUGGUAUUAGUUUGCCUGUCUUCCCAAGUGAUGUGUAAAACUUUUCGGAGACACCGUUGAAGGAAACUUUCGAGGAGUUGGAGAUGGCGUUUAUAAAUAGUCCCUGUUUCACAAACAUACAGUAAGGUUGGUAGUACAAUAGCUUUGUAAACAAGCAUUUUGGUUUCCCUGCGAAUGUCCCGGUCCUCAGUACCUUGUUUUACUGCAGACUUCUGUUUCAUACUUGCCUCAGCCACUAAGAAUACUGAAGGGGGGGAGAUUUGUAGCUCUUCAGGUUCAUGAAUGUGUAUAUAAAUGUGUGUGACCACCUAUGUUUAGGGCAGGGAUAAGAAGGGCUAGUGGACCUGCAGUUGAUGUUGCCAAGCCAGCAAGGCCAGUGGUCAGGGAUGAUGGGGAUUGUAGUCCACCAACAUCCAGAGGGUUACUCUAUCCUUGCUAUUGGGCAUAAGCAGCACACUUUGGCUGUCUCUGCACCUCCACAUUGUCCUGGCAUAGCUGUGAGUUGAGUCAUAGAAUUGUGGAGUUUGAAGGGAUUCAAAGGGUUGUCUGGUCCAACCCCCAGUGCACAGCCACCCCACCCAGUUUACAUUAAUCUGCAGCUCAAGGCCAGAUAGUCUAUGCCGCCAACUUUGUAGGUGUAGUCCAAGUGGCAAAACAUUAAACCCGUUUUGUUGCUGGCAAUAUACAGAGCUACGUGGGGGAAACUAACCAUGUAGCACUUCUUGGCAUAUGGUGGCAGCAGGACUUUUGUCGCAGUGCAGCUGAAAACAAUAUGUAUAUUUAUAUUCUUAAUGUAGCAGAUUGAGAAGAAAGGCAUAGACGUAUGUAAAGGUAGCCCUAGAUGCGUCAUUGCAUUGUUGAUGAUUCACUGAUAACUAUAAUUGCUGCAGCAAUUAUGAAACAGCGCACUGUGGGUUCUGACUUCGCUAAAAGAUAUUGUUCCCAAAGCUUUUGGUAAUAGCAGCAUAUUCCGGCUCUUACCCAUAAGGAAUUAUUUGCUGCUAAUGGCAUGUCCGGGGUAGAUGGUUUCUUUUCAUAAGUCCUCAGAAGCAGAUGGUUAGUUACCUUCCCGGGAACAGACUGUGCAAGUCGAUAACCCUUUGUUGUGUAAUUCAUUGUUCAGCUGCAGGUUGAAGUGCAUGUGUCUUAAAGUGGAUGCUUUUAUGUGACUGACUGACACCAGAAAAUAAUCUACAGGGCAAAUCUGGAAGAGCCACUUCACUCGUUGCAUUUUGGUUACAUGAAAAUAGUUCACAAUGCAGAAGUGUUAUGUGUUUUGUCUCCCAGCCAUCUUCACAUAGGUAGAAAACUGUGACACAGUCCUGACAUGAUGGAUUAAAUAACUGAAACUGAACAAGAUGCAUUUACACCAGUGUGUCCUGUAGAAGAGCAGCUUCUUUGCUCUUGUAGCAUUUCCCUGCCUUGGUCCUUUGUCUGACUCCCAUACUGUUAGCAUCAGAAGAAGCUGUUCCUGCCCUGUUCCCACCUUUCCCCAGAUAUAGGUGAAGGCUUGAUGUCCAGGGUGCAUGGCUCUGCCUUGGUGUCAGGCCUUGAGCUCCAAAAUUAGUUUGGAACUUAGAUGGGUCUCUUGGCAGGUCCAGGCUCAUAUAUUACCUACUAGCAUUAGGCUUGCAAAUUAUUAGGAGCUUUGCAUACCAGAGAAAUAAGCAGGAUUCUGAAAGUAAAACAGCAUCAGAAAGUACUAUCACACGAAGAUUCCAUGAAUUGAUUAAAUUGCCCUUUCAGUUCUUUCCCCUUGGAGAGUUGCUUCAUCUUCUGGUAGCUGCUACUUCUGCUUCCUCUGAUGUUCUGGCUUAGGUAGACUGAAGUGCCUCACCUUGCUUCUCAUCAACCAGAUGAUCCUCAAUGCAAAUGACACAAUUAUGUUAUAGAUACAGGUCAUACCUGUGCUAGGCAACUUGCUGCAGCCUAUUGUGAUCAUUCCUAUGAUCAAGCGAUUCAAGAUCUUGGUAACAACAUGUACUGGUGCUGCUUGUUUAGAGAUAAAGUAUCCUUUUAAAAUCUAUCUGCUUCUUAUGUUGUGAGCAAUUCCUGCAGUUAGAAAAACUCUUAAAACUUAAUCUAAAUCUGCCUUCCAGUAGUUAAAACCCUGCCACUUGUCAAUGGGUAAGAUGGUGGGGUUUGCCCUUCUUUUCGAUACCUUGCUAUUAACUGGAAUUUUGUCUAAUUUUGUCCAGUUUUCUAAUCUUCUGCUUUCCCCCUUCCCCUUCCCUCUAAGUGAAAAAUGGAGUCCUUGCACCUAGUCCAGGGUUGCCAUCAAAUGCAGGUGCCAAGUUUCCUGCUGUGACUAUAUCUUUGGUUAUAACCAACACCUGUCCAUCCCUGAUCUAGUACAUAGCAGAGAAUUUGGAGAAAGCAGGAGUAUCUAAUGCUUGGGGAUGGGGAGGAAAGAGAAGGAAAGGCACCUGUCCCCUGUGUGCCUCUGUGCAUCAGGUUCUGGAGGAAAGGUGAGUCUUGUAACUAAUCUCUUGGGGUUGUAGAGUUGGUUGGAAGCAGAAGUAGUUUCAAUGAUUCCAAGUACUUCUGAACCUUGGUGGAGAAAUUGAGAAUUGUGACACCUCCCUGAGGGGUGCCUGAGAACUUAAGGGGAACAAGGGUCAUACCACAAAUAAUUGAUGCUUACUAUGGCCAGCAAAAGAAGAAAGGGGAAAUAAGAAUAUCCUGGCCUGUUUCUUGUAGUUCUGUUUGAUUCCUUCUCUGAUAAAAUCAGCAUUGUGUUUUGAUGUCCAGAACUGCACACAGGGCUCCAGGCUGCAUGGCAUGCGGGCUGACCAGGGGUGAUUAAUACUACUUCCUGUCUCUUGACAGAGUUCCUGUUAAUACAUCCAAACAUAUGUUUGGGUUCGGUUUUGCACCGUGCCCACUAAACUGUAGUGUUCACAAUAUCGCAAUGGCGGUCCUUUGCAAGUUCAGCUAAUGUUUAUUAGGUAUUUUGUACAUGCUCAUUUUGGUCCUUGUAGUUGUGCUUCAUUUUGGUUCUUCCUGUUUGGCUUGAUGUCUUGAAUGUUUAACUUAACUGCUAAAGAUGUUUGCAGGUCCUUCCCAGCUUAAUAUUGCCCACUAAUUUGAUAAGCACACUGCCCAAGCCCUCAUUCAAGUAAUUAAAUAUACUGAAGAAUGCUGCACUCUGCAGUGACCUUUAUGGGAUAUUUAUGAAUACUUCUAGAUAGAAAAUGUUCCUUCUCAGCCAGCUCAUGUUACUUGUUUCUCUAACAUAAGGAGUACAAGUAGUUCUGUUAUUUCUCACAUACCUGGGUCAUCUUCUCAUUGUGACUGGCAGGCUACAAUGACUGGAAAUUAUUUAUUUAUUUAUUAAAUGAACCAGUGUGGUGUAGUGGUUAAGAGCGGUAGUCUCGUAAUCUGGGGAACCAGGUUCGCGUCUCCGCUCCUCCACAUGCAGCUGCUGGGUGACCUUGGGCCAGUCACACUUCUCUGAAGUCUCUCAGCCCCACUCACCUCACAGAGUGUUUGUUGUGGGGGAGGAAGGGAAAGGAGAAUGUUAGCUGCUUUGAGACUCCUUAAAGGGAGUGAAAGGCGGGUUAUCAAAUCCAAAUCCAAAUGUAUUUCCUGUACCUUCCUUCAAAGGAGCCCAGGGCAGCAAGCAUGUCUAUACUAAAACAAUUUAUUUAAUACUUAUAAAAAACAGUUAAAAAUCCUAAAAAACAAUCACCUACUCAAAAAACUAAGAAUUUCAGGGUUGCCAGGGACAGAACUUUCAACCAUCAAAUGCCUGAGAAAAAGAGAAUGUUUAAAUUUCUCUUAAAAGUUAGUAGUGAACAUAUAUUAGAAGCUAGAGCUUUGCUGAAAGAUGGUGACAUGAGAUUGUUGAAAAGUUCUGUUGUGUUGAACGUCAGAAAGGAGAAUUAUCCUCACUAGCUUACUCCUGUUUUUAUCUUUUGUAGAACUGGUGAGCCUGGUUGAGCUGAUGGCAUCUGCUGCUGAGAUUUGUUAUCACACCAUGACGACCAGAAUAUCAGAGGUUGGGGAAUUGUCCUUGGAGCCUUUGAUUACUUGCAAACUAUGCCUGUCUGAAUAUUCACUGGAUAAGAUGACGACUCUCCAGGAUUGCAGCUGCAUCUUUUGUACAUCGGUAAGUGUUGACCGUAACUUAAGUAAUAUUAAGGAACAGUGUUGAGAGCAGUGGUGUUGGAGCAAUCUGUUAAAAACAAGUUGCCAACUGAAUUUCCUUCCUCCAACUGCUGGACCUCCACCAUGGCUAGCUUUUUUGCCUUAGCUCUCUACAAUGAAAGUGUCCCUCCCCCAACACAACAUGUACACAGCAUGUACACCUUAUACAUAAAUAGAAAAGUAAAUUGUUUUGCAGUGUACCUUAUCUGCAUAUUCUUCCUGCUGCAGUCCUUUUUUCUGAAGUGGUGUUUGACUUUGUGUGUGCAUCUAAAUGGUUUGUUUGUUACGCCCAGGUGUAAAUAUGUAUAAAAUACACCCAUUUCUUAAAGACGCAACAGUCUCUGCUGCGCCUUGACUCCCAACGGAAACAUCUGGAUAAGCUCCUAGAACCCCCUGGAAUCUUGUUACCACUUGGCAGAGAUUGGGGGGUGGUGUGCAAUCUUCGUAACAGUAUUUAAGAUGCCCACAGGAAUUCAUACAAUCCAAGACACAAAAGAGAAGCUAUCAGCAGGGUGCUAAACUGUCCUUUCCUUAUGCCUGAGGUAGGAUUACAGUGAUACCUUGGUUCUCGAACUUAAUCCAUUCCGGGAGUCUAUUCGACUCCCAAAACCAUUCAAAAACCAAGGUGCGGCUUCUGAGUGGCUGCAGGUGCUUCCUGCACUCAAGCAGAAGCCACGUCGGACAUUCGGCUUCUGAAAAACAUUUGCAAACCGCAACACUUACUUCCGGGUUUGCGGUGUUCGGGAGCCUAUUUGUUUGACAACUAAGCCAUUUGAGAACCAAGGUACCACUGUAGUUGAUACUGAGUUUUAGAUUCAAGACAGUGAAACUGUAGUCCUAACCUUACUUACCUGGGAGUAAUUGAAUUCAGUGGGACUUACUAGACAUGGUUAGAGUUGCAGCCAAACAUGGCCUCGUGAUAGGUCACUGGCCACUUCAUUAGCAGUUUUUAAAGUGCCACACUUGGUUGUUUUUACUGUAAAAGACUAACAGGGCUCCCUCUCUGGAAAUUCAUUAACUUUGAAGGGAGCAUCCAGGGAAGGUAAUUGAUUUGUACAUAUCUGUUGAUGGCUAAGACAUGCAUGCUGGGAUGGCUGUCCUACAGUUUUACAGUAUUAACCUUUCUUUAAAGGCUAACUUUUCCACUUUGCAGGGCUAGAGUGAAUAUUUUUCCUCCAUUUUUUUUUAAAGUUCUGGGAACAGGCUCUCCUGCACCACCAUGUUACACAGGGAUGAAGUACUAUGUUAACUAUGUUGGGUUUAAGAGCAUUGGCACUAAUGUCCCUAGUUAGACUCGUUGCUUGGAAAAACACCAGGACAUAGUAAAUCUAUGUCACCAAGUUCAAAAGUCGUUCACUAUGCAAGGAUAAGCGGGUGCACCAUAUUGUGGAGACUUUAUUGCAUCGGGUGUGAUGAUAAGGAUUACUGCAAUUUCCCAGAGUGAUAUAGGUUUGCUGUCUAAAGUACACAGGGCGCUGUUUGUUUUGCUCGGCAAAUAUUAGUGUACUAACCUUUAGCUUUGUGAUUAGGAAGUGGUCUAAGAAUAGUUUGUCAGCAUCUGUACAUUAAGAAAAGAAUUUAAAUAUCAGUAGUUUCCAGUCUCUCUUGCCUACAGUACCAGGGGUGCAAACUUGAAUAAGAUAUUGUGGGUGCCCAGGUAAGCCCCACCUUGCAUAAUUGAUCACUUGACGCAGUGCACACACACCAUUUGAAUGGGAAUGCCCAUCAACUUUGUGGGAGCCUGGCCCCCUCAAAUAUUUUAUUGUGGGGGCAGAAGCCCCCAUGGCCCCAGGAGUGGUUCCUAUGUACAGUACUAAUCAUCUAACAUUGUGACAGAGUCCAGUCUGUACAUUCUAGCUCUGAGUGCACUCCAUGGCACAUAUUAUACUACCAACUAAGUGACUGGCACCUGCAAGGUAUCUGCUGGAAAGUUUGGUGUGGCACCUGUCACUGCAUGAAAAGGUGAUCAGAGAGAACCUAUAAUCGGCACUAUUUUUCUAGAAAAAGAGGUGCUGGAAGUCACCACGAACACCUCCCUCCCUCUCUCAGAACGGCAAUGGAGCCCUCCUGAGUGGUGCCAGAACUGAGUUCCAGCAAGUUCCAGCUAAAAAAAGCCCUGCCUGUAAUGCAGGCUCAAUGUUAGCAGCAUUUCCUACUAUUGCUUGAGAUUUCGAUGCUUUUUCUUUACUCUGUUACUGUGUCUGUGGCUACCUUUUAACCACUCCCCACCAAAACAAACAAACAAAAACAAACACACACACACAAACAGAUAUCUGAUACCAUAUGAUAAAGUUCUGAUUACCACAUCAUUCCUAGUCUUCUUGUCUUUACUCUUCUGCUGAGGAAGAAGAAGAGGAGGAGGAGUUUGGAUUUGAAAUCCCGCUUUAUCACUACCCUAAGGAACGGCUAACAAUCUCCUUUCCCUUCCUCCCCCACAACAAACACUCUGAGGUGAGUGAGGUUGAGAGACUUCAGAGAAUUGUGACUAGCCCAAGGUCACCCAGCAGCUGCAUGUGGAGGAGCGGGGAAGCGAACCCGGUUCACCAGAUUACGAGUCUCUACACCACACUGGCUUUAGGAAACUAGGUUGAUCUCAGGGUUGCAUAGUUUGAGUCAAGCCUUCUUUCUGGGGUUUCCAACAUCUCCCUGUAACACCUGUGUGUGAAGUCAGCAAGUGGAACAAAAGCACUGUCCCACAUGAGUCAUCAUAUUGUUGCAUGCCAGUCUCCAAGCGUUGCAACAUUCCAGGCACAGUGGAGACUAUGGUGUCUUUAUGAUAUAUGGUUUAUUUACACAUAUAUGAUAUGCAACCUGAAUUGAGGAGGAAGAGUACAAACAUUUAUUAUUAUUAUUAUUAGUAGUAGUAGUAGUAGUAGUAGUAGUAGUAUUAGUAGUAGUACCAUUAUCUGAUUUCUGUGUUUCACUGCCUGUAUGCAUACUUUAAUAAUAAUAAUAAUAUCCCAGGAAGUGUGCAAGAAAUCUGAUGGUGGUGGUAAUAAUAAUGUUUGCCCUCUUCCUCUUCCUCCUCAUUUCAGAUGAUUCAUUUUUAUGUCAUAUGGACAACUGGGUCUUGAUUGGCAGAUAUUGGGGGUGGGGAGGAUGCAGUUUUGGGGCUUUGUAGGUCUGGCCAUGGGAGUAGCUGUGGGGGGGCAGUUGCCCCCCUAAAUCCUCAAAAACUAUUGAAAAGCAACAAAAAUACUCAAUUAACCUCAGUUUUGCCCCUCCAGCAGAAGCCUGUCCCCCUCAAUAAAAGCCUGUCCCCCAUAAUGCCCUCUUACAGGGGGGAUUUUUUACCCAUGAGCUCUCCCCAAAAGCUCAACUUUUAGGGGUGAUGUCCCCUAAAACAACUUUUUUGGCCCCCCCCCAUGGCUCCAGCCCACUGAUAACAACACUUAGAACCUUUCUUAGCCCAGGGAAGUAUCUUAGAAAAUGUUAACCUUGCAAUAUUUCUCUUCUUUCCCUGGUAGAAAUUUCUAGUGUAUUUGCAAGUGGGGGUAGCAAGUUACAGCUCAAAUCCUCUAAUCUUAAAAUUGCGUUUGUGAAUAUGUUUUUAAAUACAAAUUUUCUGUUUUACAAUUUCGAAUAAACAUAUUACAAAGCAUUUGUGAAUCUGUUUUGAUAAAGGUGAGUAAUAUUUGUCGUUUUCUCCUCACUUGCUUGGUCAUCAUCCACCAAGUUGUGGGUUUUUACCCCAAGAAAGAAAAGAAAAAAGGAGCCCUUUCUACAGAAAGUUGAUGCACGCCAUUAGCUUGUGUUUGAUGUAUUUCCUCCAUCUAGGUUUUGUUGUUGUGUUUUGAAGAUUGCUUAAGGAAAGCCUUAUUUACCACUUCCUGAGGAAAUCAUUUGCAGAAGUAAAACUGCUGCAACAAUAUGUGGUUUGGGGUAUUGAGACAGCCCCUCGAUUGUCACAUACUUGAGGGCAAUGUGAAGCAAGGCAGUUGGAUUUUGUAUAUCACCAACCGCCUGGUUGUGUAGUUAAAAUAGAGGAUUAAACUCUGCCCUUCCCAUUCCAAUGUUUCUGAUUUCAGCAUGCACAUCCCAUAAUGACAAGGCAGCUGGCAUAGGCAGCUCUGCUUUCUUUGAACAUAUAUUUGCUACUUCAUACUGUGGUGAGUGGGUCAGUAGUUGUCAGCAAAGGUAUUGAUAUUCAGCCUCAUCCUACCAUUCCUGGCAACAGUCAUUUGUGAGGAGUGGUUGUAGGAAUCAUUAUUAAAAUUUGUAUAUCGCCCUUCACCUGUAUAUCUCACAGGAGGGGGAUUCACAGCAUAAAAAUACAAGAUAAAAACAUAAAAUGCGUAACUAAAGCAAGAGAACAAACCAAACCAAUAACCCCAUCCCACAAAUGCAUUUAAGAGACAUAGAAUGUUAGUCAGCCAAAGGUCUGGUUGAAGAGGAACAUUUUCACCUAGUGCUUAAAGAUAUGUAAUGAGAGCGUCAGGCUAACCUCCCUAGGGGAGUGGCUGGGGAAACCCAGCCAGAUGGGCACAGUAAUAAUAAUAAUAAAUAAUACACAAAGGGGGAGACUUCAGAAAAGGCCUGUACUCAUGUUGCCACCCUCCAGACAUCUGAUGGAGGAGGCCCAUGGAGAAGGGCCUCACAUGAUGAUCUGAGCGUCUAGGUUGGUUCAUAUGAAUACUCCUUGAGGUAUUGCGGUCCUGAGCUGUCUAAGGAUCAUUGUGGCCGAUGGUCAAGGAUGACAGAGAUUUCCGUCCAGUAACACCUGGAGAGUCAAAGGUUCCCCAUUCCUGUUUUUUCAGGCACCUAUAUGGUCAUCUUGAAAGGGAGGCGGGUGGCGCUGUGGGUUAAACCACAGAGCCUAGGACUUGCCGAUCAGAAGGUCAGCGGUUCGAAUCCCUGCGACGGGGUGAGCUCCCGUUGCUUGGUCCCUGCUCCUGCCAACCUAGCAGUUUGAAAGCACGUCAAAGUGCAAGUAGAUAAAUAGGUACCGCUCCGGCGGAAAGGUAAAUGGCGUUUCCGUGCGCUGCUCUGGUUCGCCAGAAGCGGCUUAGUCAUGCUGGCCACAUAACCCAGAAGCUGUACGCCAGCUCCCUCGGCCAGUAAAGCUAGAUGAGCGCCGCAACCCCAGAGUCGGCCACGACUGGACCUAAUGGUCAGGGGUCCCUUUACCUUUACAUAUAUGGUCAUCUUACUGAUUCCUGCACUCUAUGGCUGUUACCAGCAACUAAAAGAACUCCUUUGUACUAGCUGAAUCAAUGUGAUAAACACUCCUCUUGAGUUUGGAUCAGCAACGGGGGAGGCAGUCAUGGAAAAGUGGCCCUUGCACAACUAGCAUAACAUUUUUUGAGUGACCUUUUAUUAUUUUAUUAUAGAGCCAGAGCCAAUUAAUUUCAUAAGCUGAAGCUUAGAAGUACCAUUGGAAAGGAUUAACAGCACCCAAGGUGAACAAUGAAUUGUUUUGCAGCUUGAAAAGUACCGGUACCUGUUGUAUCUAGAACUUCAUUGAAAAUAUGAUUCCACCUUUCCAAUUUAAUGAAUCUCCAAGGUGGCUUCCAAACUAUCAUUUAAGAUAAGAACAUUAAGCAAUUAAAAUAACAAUAGGAAUCCUGGGAACAACAAGGAAGAGCACUUACCUAGAAUGUGGUUUUUAAAAAUACCAUUAAAAAGUUUGCACAAAUAGUGUGGGCUUGACCAGGUGCCCAAGUGACAGAAAUGGUGGCUCCAUGUAAAUCUUUCCAGUGAAGGAACUCCAGAAUCCCACCACAGAGAAGGCACCCUACUCAUAGGAGCAGUACUUACACCGUUUCUAAUCCCUAUAUGGGACAAAUAGUGGUCUGCAAAUCUUACCUGCAAAUCCUGAGAAAUCUCUACCAUAUGCAAUUUAUGUCACUCUUGUAUUCCUGUUGAACUGGUGACCUGGCUUGCAUGCUAAGGCACCUGAGCCACAAAGUUCCCAGGAGAACAAGAGAUCACACUGACAUGGAAUGUUUGGUUUAUGGGUUCAAAUAGGCCUCAGCUUUAUUGGUUACAGAUGUGAGCGGUUUGGCUUAGGCCUUGGGAGAAACCGGACUAUAUCUUGGCUCCUGUUCAUCUGCAGGGAGUCCACAGAAGGGUAAAUCACCAUUAGUAGGUGCCCUAUAACUUACGUCAGAUAGUGGCACCCCAAGGACUCCCCGUAUGGGCUGUGACAUAGCCCUAGCCCACACCCAGGCUUCGGACAGUAUUCACAUCCCAGAUCCCUUUAACAGAUUACCAUUACUGAGGAGGGGCAGGCAAGGCAGCAACCUCCCUUCCAACCAAACAAAGGCUUACCCAAUGCCUAACCUCACAAAAGUUGUGACUAUUGCUAUUAGGUAGGCGAAAACCAAAUGGCCAGUGCCAAUUUGCCAAGUGGAAAAAAAUCCUACCCUGCUCCAACAACAUGGUGACUGACAACUGCCAUAGCAAGGUCAUAUGAAAAGAGGGUGGGUGGGUAGGGUGAUCUGAUGAAGAGGCACGAAAGAGGGAACCAGCUGGCCACGCCGAAAUUACAUGGCCCGCGGCCACACCCACUCUGGUCGUAGAUUGGCUGGAGCUGUCCCCGGGGCACAGAUGAUGGCAGCGUACCUCCCCCUACGCUAGAAAACUGUUGAGGCUCGGUUGACUGGCUGCAACGCUGCACACCGGAUAAAAGGUGAACGGACUUGCGCAUCACUCUAAACCAAACUAUGGUUUAGUGCAAACAAGCAAAUUCGUGGGUUCCCAGAAAGAGGUUUGCAGCCCCUUUGCUUUUCCUCUGGUCUUGCUGCUGUCAGCUAAUCCAAAAUUUGGCUUAGCAUGUCAUUUGAACUUGAACACAAGGUUUGUUUUGCUCCAGAUAAACAGCUAGCUGUAAUGAAAGGUUCUUCUUUACUGCUUAUGGUUUGUCUGGGUGAGACAAAACAAUGAGCCUGGAUUCAGAUGCAGGGUCAUGAAUUAGCUCAAAGAAGCAGGACCAAAGGUAUAGUGAAGCGGCGGUGAUCUUCUCCCUGCGAACCUACACAUUUGCUUAUUCGCACCAAGCCACAGUUUAAUUUAGAAUUGUGUGUAAGCUGGCCAAUUGUUGUGCUGCCUCCUUUCAUGCAUAAAACAGUAGGCCAGUCUCAUAACAAAUAGGCAGUGGGUUUAUAUCUACACGGCAGUGGAAUGAUUCAUCAUUUUUGGAAUCGUCUGGGUGCAGUAGGAUUUUAGAAGGUUGUAAAGUAAUUGCAAUAGGAAGUGUGGCAAAGAGGCAAUUAUGGUCAAAUUGGUGAAUGCAUGUUUGUAAAAAAGCAUUUCCCCCAUUUGCUGAAUUUUGCCCACAAUUCCUAGAUGAAAGCACCAUUGAGUUCACAGGAGUUUAUUUAUCCAUGUUUACUCCAGGGAUAGCACUGAUACUCUGUGGGCGGAGCCACACCAUACAUUUAAACACAUUCAAUACAUAUUUUAAACACAUGACUUUCUCCAGAGAAUCCUGGGACCUGUAGUUCCCACCUCACAGAGCUACAAUUCCUUGCUGUCUUAUGUAGGGAAAAUUGGAUGAACAGGACCAUAUAAGAUUUGACACUGGGUGAAUGGUGUAUGUAAAAAUACCCAAGCCUCUUUCAAACACUGUGGGCCACAGUGCUGUAGUUAACUAAUGUAGCAAAUAUCAAACUACAGCUUGUGGGUGUCGUGUGCUGCUACCUUAUAAACAGCCAUUGCCAUUUGGAUAAGCUGUGGAGCUGGCACAACUUUUUAUAUGAGCAUCAGCUUUCAUUCAAAAGCUUAUGGCAAUAAUGUCAGUAAAGGAGGGAGAAUGCAGUGGAGCACAGCUCUGGGAGUUUUUUCAGAGCAGGAGGAGUGAUGACCUCUCUGCUGGAGUGCCAAGGUAAUUGGCAAGUGAAUGAGGUGGUGAGGCUUUUAAGUUUUGCUGCUGUGACAGAUUAGCAUAGCAGUUUAAAUAGUAACAUGUACUUGCAAGAUUGUUUUGCAUUUCUUAUUAAAAGCUAGCAGUUGCAUUUCAACUAGCUGAUGUUCUGCAGUUAAAAGCUGAGCUUCCUUUCCAAUACAUCAUCGUUUCCUGUUUAUUUGUCUUCCACUCACCCACAGAGUUGUGCCCAGAGUGGCUCACAGCAAAAUAUUGUUCAUUUGAUAGAAAUUCAGAAAUGUAUUGGGAACCAAAUUGAAAGAAUCGUAAUAUCAGUAAGUAAAUUUUUUAAAAAUUGCUCGAUGUAACAUUAUAUAACAUAAUACAAAUAAGGUAGCUUAACAGGGAUAACUAAACAGAAGAGAAAAUAAUACCAACACAACAAUAAAAUAGAAAUAAAAUAUCACCUUUUUCCAAAUAAUGCACCUAUUUCCUACAGUCUGGACCUACCGUUCAGUCUUCAACCACUCAGAGACCACAUCCAGUCUCACUUGUGGUAGUGCAAAGUCCAAUCCUGGUUCUCACCCAGAGAAGUGGGAACCCAUGCAGUCAGAGGCAAGCCCCACUGGGUUCAGUGGAGUUUAUUCCCUGGCAUUGAGUUUAUUUGAGCAGGAAUUGUGGUCAUCCUGAUGCUCAUAAAUUGAGUCUUCAGCUAUGUAGUGUUUCCCCCCACCUGGCAGAGUUGACUACAGGGGCUGUUAUGAAAACUGGUCAACCUGGAUAGCCAGGUCUGGCCAUAACAGCCUUUCUAUUUAGGGACUAAAUACCCGAUACUUCUGUCUCAGUGCUUGACACAGAGACCACUCUGCAAUGUUCCUUAUGGGGAAGCCAGCAUAGCUUUCCAUCCCUGCAGCAAAAGAUGAUUUAAUAGAUAUCUGUAUAUGUGUGCAUGCAAGGAACAAAUGGAACAGAAGCAGGUUGGUACAGUGAGCCAGAGAAAUGAUGGUACAGUGGUACCUCGGGUUAAGUACUUAAUUCGUUCUGGAGGUCCUGAAACUGUUCUUAACCUGAAGCACCACUUUAGCUAAUGGGGCCUCCUGCUGCUGCCGAGCCGCCGGAGCCUGAUUUCUGUUCUCAUCCUGAAGCAAAGUUCUUAACCUGAAGCACUAUUUCUGGGUUAGUGGAGUGUGUAACCUGAAGCGUAUGUAACCUGAGGUACCACUGUAUUGGGAGGAAUUCAAUAUAGCACUAUGGCAGUCAUUUCCUCAGUUUGCCAGCCAACAUGUUGCCUCUCUCCUUCCCUGUGUUGUACUGACACCCCUACCAGCCAGUUUGGAGGGGUAUGGGGCAGAGGGAGAGAGGGGGAAGCCCUGAUGCCCUAGUAGAAGUCCUUGCACAGCCUUCCACUAGCAGGAUUUGCAGAAAUCUUUUAAGUCUCCACCCACCUUUCCUUCCAAAGGGAAGCAACCCCAGUUUCAGUCUUUCCGCUUCAUGUUACGUUCUUUCAGGUUAUGUCCCACGGUGACCCGGAAGUACUGGAAAGGGUUACUUCCGGGUUUUGCCGCUCGCGCAUGCACAGACUCGCAAAAUGAUGUCGCGCAUGCACAGAAGUGGCGAAUCACAACCCGCGCGUGCGCAGAUGCGCUGCUGCGGGUUGCGUUCUUUUCAUAUUGCGAAUGGGCCUCUGGAAUGGAUCCUGUUCGCAACCAGAGGUACCACUGUACUGAUAAUUCUUACUGGGGCUAACAUUCUAGAAAACGUGUUUAGGUUUGUAGCUAGAGAUGGAGGAGCAAUUCAAUUCAGCUUGCAUUUCAUCAUCAUCAUCGUCAUUUUUAAUUUGUAUACCGCCUUUCUAUCUUACAAUACUCAAGGCGGUUUACAAACUGAAGAAACAAAAGAUGUGCAUCUUAUAACAAUUUAAUGCAAUACAAAAAUGAGAUAAUAAAACAUAACUUUAAAAUAGGCAACCUACAUCAAAAAAGUAACAUUCAACAACCAUUAGAAUAGUAUAAAAUAAUAAUGUCAACAUAUAAAAGUUGAACAGAAAUCCACUCAACAGUUACAAUAAAUAAUAUCUAAACUGUAAUCAAUAAAACAACGGCAAGCCACAGUACAUAAAAUAAUACAAUACACAUUGAGAAGCAGAGACUAGAGGGUAGAGCAAGGCAGGUGGAAGGAGGCCUUGCCUGACAAAGUCUCUAUCGGGGCAAAUCAAUUUCUUCCACACUUUCCAAAACAAUGUUUAAGCCAAAACUUAGCCAAUAAGUAAUAAUGUUCUGUAUAAUGGUUUUUCAGAGAUCUGAAAGAUAGUUUAUAAGAGGGGUUUUGCCUGUACUGUGUACACUCAGGUCAGGCCCUCCCUUUUCAAAAGCAGGUUUUACCAGAAGCCUGUUUGUUUGUGUGCGUGCAUAUGUGUGUGUGUGUGUGUGUGUGUGUGUGUGAGAGAGAGAGAGAGAGAGAGAGAGAGAGAGAGAGAGAAAUGAAUUAAUGUAUACCUUGGGAAACCUUGCUUUGUCUUCAACCACUUUCAGCUGUUCAGAAAACAUUUUCUUUCAUUUCAAACUUCAUAUGGAUACUUUACGUCUGCCCUUGACAAAUUUUGGAGAGACAUCGAGAUAGUAAGAGCUGUAAGUCAUAGUGAGCUUUGAGUUUCUUUUGACCUGGUUUGUAAAUUGAGAACCUGGAGUGUUUAUCGCUGAAUUUUCUACAAGCAAUAAAAACCUAUAAAGUUUUGAUUUCCCAGAGACUGCAGAAGUGGCUUGCAUGCUACGGGCAGCUUACAGAAUGUGAAGAAGUCGCCCUUUUCCUUAUUAGUGAAGGUGAAACCAAGAAACGGCUAGGCACCAGUAUUUCCUGAAAAACAUGCCACCUGGAUUCUGGAUUAAGUGUGUGGUCUAGGAUGGACCCUGUACCUUUUGGAGAUGAAUAACCUGAUUUUUGCGGGGAAAGGUCUCCUUAACGAAGAAUGUGCUAUUGUCUUGUGCAGACAUCUCCUUCCUGACAUGUUGAUGCAGGAACAAGCAAGAGCUAUGCUCCAUGUUCCGACUAUUGUUUGUUCAAAGAGCUUUCAGGUUAGCCUUGAGGACUUGGCUGAUAAGUUGUUUCCUUAGAAACCACUCUUUUGUCCUGAAGAUAGCAACAAGACUGAGAGGUGAGGGGGGGGGGGGGAGAAACUAGUCUGAGGAAACAUAUCUGCAAGGAACUUGCUAUGUUUCCACCUGUGCUUACAUGGUGGCUUUUCAAAUGAAAAAUCCUGGUCCACACCAAUAACUAUACACUGUACUCUCAUGUAUAAUCAUAGUGCAAUAUAUGCUUGCAUUACUUUGUUACAGAUUACAAGUGUGCAUGGAUGCAUAAUGUUUCCCUGUGUAGGGAAAACAUGUGCAGCUCAAAGCCGUAAUGGCACAAACACACUGUCAUAAUGCUUCAGUGAUUUUAAAUAAGGCUUAUCCCAAAUUCUCUCCCCCACCCCCUCACUUUGUUACAGGUAGUCGAUUGCCACAUUUGGGUAGCUUGAGCUUAGACUUUGUUUUUAAAAAUAAAACCUCUCAUUUGUAAUAUGACUUUAACUUGUAAAUGUGCAUUAGUAACAAGUAUAAGGAGCACACCCGUUAUAUGCUGGCACAAGAUCAUACUAGUGUUUAUGGCCUCAUGGAAAGGUGUAUUUUUAAGACUUAAAAAAAUAUGAUGGAAUUUUGCACUAGUGUGCUUCAAGAAGUUAAUUUAAUUGUUACUUACCUAGAUAGCUAUCUUUGAUGAACUUGUGUGUGUUCACAAACAAAGGGAAAUUCUUCUUGGCCUUUCAUGCCGUCUCUGUAGGAGUGGGGCUAUUAGGCUAUAAGAAGGAAGAAAAGCUCCUUGUGGUCUUUCCGUGUAGAGUCUACCAAUGAAGGACCUAGUGAUGAAAAAUCAUUUGAAAAAUAGAGGGUGUGGCCUCUGCACUGUCAGUCGAUACUCAGUCUAGCAGGGGAGGGCAUCCAUUUUUUAGCCUUUACAAUGUGAUAGUUCAGUGAACCAGACCAAAUUGUUGGUGAAGUGCAGUCCCCCUCCUCACAUGUACCUGAGAGGUCUUUUGCUGGGUUCUCUUGCAGUUUAAAAUAAUCUCUGCUUAGCAUCACAUCUUAACUUCGCCUUGUUUACAAAUGAGUUGGGAAUCCUUUUUACAAACAAUGGUUAGUUGCUAAACAAGUAAAUUUCACAACCCAGGGUUUGAAGUUCGCUUGUUUAGCAACUAACCAUAGCUUGUUAUAAGCCAGAAUUCCUGGUUUGCACACUAUGCUAAACCCAGAGGCUUUGAAACAAAAAGUAAAUUUGACAGAAGGCUCUUCCCGACUGCACGUGGGAGUGAAGUAGCCAUUGCACAUGCUUGCUGACAUCCAUAUAGUGCUAAAACAUGCUUUAGAAUUGCCUACAAAUCAGACCAGUGACUCCUGGUCACCUCACAACUCCCUGUGCAUACGCUAUGUAUUUAUAACCACCAUUUUGCAGAAUUAUGUUUAGCAUAAUGAAUACUGAUCUGAAUCUGGGGGUUAGUAAGCAGUGUAAGGAGAGAGCGAUGCUGAUGUCUGUUCUUGGAAGCAAUGCUAUGUGUAUGAGAGGGACAGAAUCUAUUUGGCAAGAAUGCUGUGGACCCCUCCAUUGUACGCUUAAAGUUGUAUACAUGUGUAAAUAAACCAUAUAGCAUAAAGACACCACAGUCUCUGUUGUGUCUUAUUGUCCCAGGGGAAACACAGACGCUGGUUUAAAAUGCGUCUCGUACUCCUGGAAUCUCACACCGCUGGAGUGUUUUUGGCUAAGGUGGUAGAUGAAGUUUGCAGGUGGGAUCAAAAUUCUUGUUUCAAGUUCUGGUUAUCAGAAGAUCCCUUCUGUCAAAUAUACAAAUAUCAGCUUGAUUGACUUUGAUUUAAAACAAUGUGCCUUGGAUUACAAUAAUGUGCUUUUGUAACAUAUAACGCUAGACACCCUAGGAUAUUUGUUUAUAGCAUGUAUUGAUUUUCUAUUCUUGGCCUAUGUUUUACUCAAACUCCCUCUGCCUUUCCUGGUUAAAAUCCUGGUCAUAUUUUUCGUUUUGUCAUUUGCUUUCCAAAUAAUAAGGGUUGCAAUUAGUCAGCUGGAAACCUUUUAAAGUAUUGAAGUAGAGAAGGUGAAAUGGAACGUGUUGAAUAAGGAGGGCUGGGCGUCCUUGGGAAAAGCCAUGUGCUGUACUGUGAUCAGCUUCCUUUGCUUGUGGAUGUGGGGAGAGAUUAUCCACAAGUGGUCUUGAAUAAUGGCGUGGCCUUGCAGUGAGAGGAGCGCAAGUGCUUCGUUGAGCCAUUACCUAGCAACGUGAGAUCAGAACAAACUUCUUGACUGGCAAACUAUAGAGUGAAUUCCCAUGUGAAUUCCCAAGGCUUGCUGUAAUGAAAUUUUGAGCAGAAGUGGCAACAAUAUGUGUCUUAACUCUUUCCUUGACAGCCAUUCUUCACACUCUUAAGUAGCUGCCCAAUUGCUUUCCCUUCUUGCUUGUAGCAUUCCAGAUGCAUAAUAAUUCGUGUAAAUGUGAACUUGGAACCCCACCAAAGAAAACACAGCUUGGAGAGUGGGGUGGAUUUCUGGACAGAAAACAGCUAGCAAGGAAAGCGUUAAGCACUGUUCAGGGGCUCAUCCACAGGUGAGCAGGCAUCUUGCUCCAGAUCCACUGUUCCCCCAUUUGAAUUUGAUCUUAGAACACGCGUCCGCAUAUGUGUUUGUAUUUUAGUUUACGAAACUGCUGCUUCCUGCCCCUAGUUGUGGGCAUUUGCAUAUGCUGGGUCAAUUCAUGUUGUGCGGUUUUGACUCUACCUUCUAAUUUGCUAUUUCCACUCCCUUUGUUUGAGCACAAACUGAGCUUGUAUGAAGGAAGAACUCAAUGAAACAACCCCACUCCCACCGGAGUAAAACAGGGGCUCGCCGAGCCACCUGCCUGGCCGAUACGGCCCUUGGCGGGUGGAGAGGAGUACCGGCCCGGGCCAGGCCACGCUGCAGCUGCCUGCUUGGGGGCACCUAGUUCAUGCCCCCUCAAAAAUUGUGUGCAUGGGGACACGGCCCUCUUGGCACCCCCCAUGCUACGCCCCUGAUUCAGAGUCCUGAUGAGUGUGGACCAGACAAGCGCUUGAGAGGGAACACUUCUUCCCUGGUCCACAGCUGGCCUAUUGUAAGACCACAUAGUCUGCAAUGUUGGCAGUGCAUUGCCAGUGUGGUCUCUCCCCUCCUGCCACUCCCACACUGCCACAGGACUGAGAAGGAUUGUACAUCACAAUUGGCCUUUGGCGGUCAGGUUUUCCCCCUUCCUCAUCUCAGGGGUACAUGGAUUGAUUUCAUUUGUUCAUUUUGGUCAUAACUGUGGCCAGGGAGAGCAUAGGGCAGGAUCAAUAGAUAGUGAGGCAAUCCCCAUAAGGGGUCUUGGGGUGGCACCUGAAUGCUUGGGGGACUGGGGCAGGCUGUUGCAUGCUCAUGUUGAACAGCCUGCGCGGCACUGGUAUCAAGAGUCUGGCAGCUGCUUCCUGGGAGUAGGUCCAGUGGGCAGGCUGGGCCUGGCAUCAGCCAGCAAGAUUUUCUGUCCAACAGAUCCUUGCUCUGUGCGGUGCCAAACUCUGAUAUAGGUAAAGGCAAAGGGACCCCUGACCAUUAGCUCCAGUGGUGACCGACUCUGGGGUUGCGGCGCUCAUCUCGCUUUAUUGGCCAAGGGAGCCGGCGUACAGCUUCUGGGUCAUGUGGCCAGCAUGACUAAGCUGCUUUUGGCAAACCAGAGCAGCGCACGGAAAUGCCGUUUACCUUCCCCCCGGAGUGGUGCCUAUUUAUCUACUUGCACUUUGACGUGCUUUCGAAUUGCUAGGUUGGCAGGAGCAGGGACCGAGCAACAGGAGCUCACCCUGUCGCGGGGAUUCGAACCGCUGACCUUCUGAUCAGCAAGUCCUAGGCUCUGUGGUUUAACCCACAGCGCCACCCGCGUCCAACUCUGAUAUAUCUGUAACCAAUAAAGUUGCAGUUAGUUUUUACCCACACGCUGUUCUCAUGUACGUUUGUUGCGCCUGGUUGCUGACUCUGAGCCUGUGUGCUUCUGGGACACAAUGAAGGUUUUUGUAGUCAGUUGUUUAAUCUUUGCUUUGCAAUCGCAAUUGCAGUUCUUGGAGUACUGAAGCUCAAAGAGAGCCAAUUAAAGAAGUGAAGGUACACUGUUAGUUGAGAUACAGUUUGUAAUUUAUGUUUUCUCCACUUUCUUCUUCUUUUAGUGCCUGAAACAGUAUAUGCAGCUGGCUAUUCGUGAGGGGUGUGGUUCUCCCAUCACUUGUCCAGACAUGAUGUGCCUCAACCAUGGGACUGUGCAAGAAACUGAGGUAUCUCCAUUUGUCACUUCUUUUUCUUUCUAAUAUUUUUUGUUCAUUUACAUAAUGAAUACAUUAGAAUGUUUCCUCCCCUUAAUUACUCUAAUGACUACUUGGCAGGAGGCCCACUUGACAUGAGAAACUAGAAACAAGCAGAUGGUUUUCUUCUUGUUUUUCCUUUCCUGGGGAAAUGUUUACUUGGCAUCCAGGCGGUCUCAAAAUUGUCUGCUUAAUAGCCAGAACAUCCCCAAUCUGAAUGUCACCAGCCCUCCUUUAGAAAAUGAAUGUUGGAAUAUGUAUGGCAUUCCAGGUUGUAAAACACAAAUCGAAGAGAGUUUUACACAUGUCACUUGCUGCUUAAAUUGUGAACUGGGGGCAAGUGUGAAUAGAAAUUAGAAGGUAAUCGUUUUCAGGAGAAGUGAUGGUACUUAUGUAUACAUAUAACGGUGUGUGUGUGUGUGUGUGUUGGUUGGGACACAAGCUACUUAUUUUAUACUGGCAAGGUUUCUGAAGAAAGGCUGGACAAACAGCAGGUGAAAUUAGAGGUGAAAACAUGAGCAUUGGCGUACCUUGACUACCGAACUUACUCUAGCCUAAGCUUUUGUAGCCUAGACUCCAUGAUCCCUGUUCACGUAAUGUCUUCAAGCAUUUUGCAGUCUGCUCCUUUACCUGCCCUGCCCUUCCUCUCUGUCCACCCUUUUCUCCAUCUGUGCCUCCCACCACGACAUCCCAGCGCUUCCUCCUUAAUGCUAGAAGGAACAUUUGCCACAACAGCAACUUGUAAGGUGAACUACAACUAACAUGCACAGCUGCAACACUGCCAGAGUCUGUUGAACAAGUGUUUGUGGUGAAACUAUCAUGUGACCACUUUAUCACAGGUACAACUAUGAACUCUUUCCAGAGGUGGUCACCUCACAUUUUUCACCACAUCUAUGAAAGCACUUAAUUCACCAGAAUGUAUGCCACACAAGAGAGGGACCUGCGAUUUCCCGCAAGAUUCAUAUGAUUUUUAAGGCUACAUUUGAAAAUGGUGCGAGUCAGGUAUUCAACUUGGAUUUCAUAAUUGGCAAAUACGUGUGGGUAAGGCCACUUGGUCUUUUACUCGGAUAACAUGAGCCUGGAGUAUUCAUAAGCUUUCACUUUAAUGUUUUGUCUUGAGUGUGUGACUUCAAAGUUUGCACGGAAAACACAAAGCAACACUGGAAUAUGAUAGUAGUGCUCAUAAAGCUUCUGAAAUCUAAAGAUCCAUUUCAAUUAGCUAAGCAAGAGGGCACAUGAGGGUAUGCAUUAAUGGGCCAUUAAUGUUUUCCUCUGUACUCUGAGGGGCAAAGAAUUGAAUGAAUAAACAACGAAGAAUAUAUUUAAUGGUCCAUGAAUGAUGGAAUGCACUAAAUUCUGUUCAGGGUGAUUAUUCAUUACAUAUUUAUGAUUUUCACUGAGCAUGUAAGGAAUAAUAUCUCCUGAACAGAAUAGGAGCAAGGACAAGAAGUGAUCUUAAUUGCAUUAAAGUUUUAACAACCUGAUGCCUCUCUUGAUUAACAUAUAGGGCUGCUUCCUACUGCUGCCUAUUGCUUUGCCAACAGAGUUCUGAUCACAUUUCCAUGCUAAUCUGUCCUUGACUACGUUAAAAAAAACCAAACCAGAACCAUGACCUUAAUAGUCUGGGUCAGGCUUCCACCUCCUGCCAGGAGCUAGCCAAUGAUUUUUGGCAUAUAUUGUUCCAGACUGAGUCCCGAUAUUAACUUAAAAGUGAGAUAUGUAUGUCCUUUUAAGCUGUUUCUAUUGUUGGGCUAUUUGCUGGGCUACGGUGAAUACAAACUCAUAAGUGUACUGAAAAUCAUUGGAAUUUCUGGGCUCAUCACCUGUUUUCCCAUCAUGGAUCUGUUACCAGUGGUAAGCACCCACUAUCUGUGCCAGAAUAAAUUGGCAAUAAAGAAUGGGAGUCCCAAACAAGUCUCACUUAAAAGGGCUAAAGCUUCUAUUACAUACAAGGACAUGGUGAUGUUACUAAUAGCCCACCUACAGAUAGCAGGUAAGUUAAUGCAACCCACAUUUUGGGUAACCUAGAGAGGAAGAGUAACCCAAAGCAAGGAAUGACUGGAAGGGGGAAUUCAAACUACCUAUAACCUGGGUGGCUAUUGACCAUUCCCAAUUGGCAACUGGCCAAUGUGCUCAACUCCUUAAGGCCUCUUAAUGGUGAGUUUUGGUGAACACACCCUUACUUAUCCCCUUAAACCAAGGGUGAGAAACUUGUAGCUUACUCUGAUGCUGAUGUUGUAACCAGUUCUAAUCUAAAAAGAUCAUGACAUUGUAUGACGGAGGCUUGAUGUGAGGCUGAGAAUCUGACAAAAAAACUCUUUGCUGUUGUUUGCCAAGAUGAUUUCCUGACAUUUGCUCUGUCUGAAGAUAUACCAUUAUGAGGCAUAUUGAUUCCUUGCCUGGGAGGAAUCUGUAAUUGAAAUGAAGCUAACCUUAUUCAUGGCAAACAAGGUUGUCUAGGCAACUUCAGGAGGAGAAUGACGAGAUGUAGAAAAUGUUCUGUACACUGUGCAUGUAUGGAGGAGAUACUUGAAGAAUCAAAUUAAUUUAUCUGCUGUUUGUAAAAAGGAUCUCAUAUUCAUGUGUGUGUGCGCGUGCAUAGGAUCACCCUGUGCACUGAGGAUUUGCUUAGUUUGGUGUAUAUAUAUAUAUAAACAUAACUGCCUGUCAGUAAUGGAAGCAAGUUCCCAUCGUGUAAAAAAAGAAAAAGACAACGUGGGCGCAAACAAGCCGCUGUCUCUUAGCAGAGUAAAAAUGUAAUUAAAUCUGUUUAUUUCCCCCCAUUUUUCUAUCCUCACUUAACACUGAGUCCUAAAAGUCAGUCCAAGAAGGUGGCCUCAUUCAGCAUGUUCAAAAAGAUGUUCAGCCUUGGCCACAAUUUGCCAUUGGAGUGAGUUGCAUAGUGAUUCAUAGAUGGCAUCAAAGAGCCACAAAUGGAAUCUUUUAAAAUAAAUAGUAAUGGGACACAUAGGAGGAGGUAGUCUAUAAGUGUUUGUGUUUCAGGGUGCUGCAUUUCACAAAUUAAAUUUGAAACUAUAAAGUUGUGGUACAUGCUUUCUUGUCAACACAACAGUCUCUCUCAUUAAAUGUUUGGGAUUUGUUUGUUUUGUUUUUUUGAACAUUGGCCAAAUAUGUUUACUUUUGAAUAUAUAAUCAUUUCAUUUCUCUCCGCAUACAUUGCUGUUUUUAAUAAAAACCCAUAAAGACUUGUUCUAAGUGGCAAGGGAGUUCUUUAAUGGAACAAAUGAAUAUUUUAUGAUGGAUAUAAUGCAUAGGCUUUUGUUAGAAUAGGGGCGGUAAUAAUGCGACAUGCUAUGGAAGCCAAAAGUAGUGGGGAUAUUGGAGGGAAUAUAAAUUAAAUCUGUGCUCUUGAUUUAUAGAAAUGUGUUCCCUGAAACCAUCUUCCAUUAUGUGGUAUGCAACAUUACUGGCACUUAAAUAUCUACAGCAUGGACUAGGUGAAUUAUCCAUAGACCAUAUAUAUAUGACAAGCUAAAAAGACUUGAGAAAUUAUUGUUUUAAACUUGCUGCAAUAAAAAAUGCAUGGUACUAUUUUUGUCCCAGAACAUUUACUAGCUUUUGUAAGACAGUUCUGUUUGUCAUACAAUGUACACUAUUAGAGUUCACUCAGAAAGCAGGUAUCGAUAAGCUAACUUAUCUGUGUUAGUAGCUGAAUAGGUUAAUCGAGCCGGAAGACUCUUUCUGAGCUGCAUUAAGAGUAACAUGUGAGAGGGCUUUCUUUGUGGCUGUGUCCCAGGUGUGGAACUGCAAGCUUCCGUAUAUGUUGAUAAUGUUCCUCUUUGCUUGUGUUCCUCUGCAGCAGAGCUGCUGUGCUGGCUUCCCUUCACAUGGGUCACUGUUGCUUAUCAAGAGGUAGAGGGGGAAGGUAUCUGAGAACUCUGUUGUUGUUUAGUUGUUUAGUCGUGUCUGACUCUUCGUGACCCCAUGGACCAGAGCACGCCAGGCACUCCUGUCUUCCACUGCCUCCCUCAGUUUGGUCAAACUCAUGCUGGUAGCUUCGAGAACACUGUCCAACCAUAUCGUCCUCUGUCGUCCCCUUCUCCUUGUGCCCUCCAUCUUUCCCAACAUCAGGGUCUUUUCCAGGGAGUCUUCUCUUCUCAUGAGGUGGCCAAAGUAUUGGAGCCUCAGCUUCAGGAUCUGUCCUUCCAGUGAGCACUCAGGGCUGAUUUCCUUCAGAAUGGAGAGGUUUGAUCUUCUUGCAGUCCAUGGGACUCUCAAGAGUCUCCUCCAGCACCAUAAUUCAAAAGCAUCAAUUCUUCGACGAUCAGCCUUCUUGAUGGUCCAGCUCUCACUUCCAUACAUCACUACUGGGAAAACCAUAUCUUUUACUAUACGGACCUUUGUUGGCAAGGUGAUGUCUCUGCUUUUUAGAUGCUGUCUAGGUUUGUCAUUGCUUUUCUGUCUGAGAACUCAGCACAGUGCAAAUGCACCAGCAGAACCAAUUCAGGGCUACUGCCAGGGCAUUUGUACUGCACCAAAUUUUGCAAUGCGGUUUUCCAGCCAAGCAAUGCAUGCCAAAAUGCAUGUACUCGGGCAAAGUGUGCAUAAAAACCCAUAGAUUAGCAAAAUGACAUAAAAUGCAUUAUAUUACAGAAAGUUGCUUUGCAAAACUGUAUAUAUCAGGCAAAAUGGCAUACAAAUGUUUAUGUUAGAAGUGAUCAGCACUAAAAUGCUGGUGAAUUUUCAUUCUUUUAUUUUGUAAAAAUGCAAAUGGAUGUGGAAAAAGACUAGAAAAAAAGGGAAAACUGAAAUUGGCAGAUUCAUCCAUCCUUACUGCUGACUACACAAGGGAUUUCUUGUGACUCCUUUUACAUUUUUGAGUUCUUAAGUUUAUUUUAAUAGUUUGGCUUUUCAUAUGCUAUAUUUUUCAGCUGCAAUGAUAUGCACUAGUAAUUGAACUAGCAGAAAGCCACCCACACCUUUCAUUGCUUCUCGUCCCCCAGUUCGUUUAUGACAGUUAUCAUGUUGUAUCUGACAAAUUAAUGAAAGAUAGAAUGACCUGAGAAAGACUUACUGUUCCACCACCAUCUUGACUGAUGGCUGGUAAACUGAGUCAAGGGUUUGAAGACAACAUGACUGGAUCCAACGAUCUAGUAGUUUUUGGUGACUGCUCUUGGUUUAUUUCCAUCUCCAAGACCUGGCAGCGGCAUCAUUGACAUAGGGAACUGGGUGGUUGUGUUUCUGGCGCACAGGGUUAGGAGCAGCAAACAGGAUUGGAUCAGAGUUGUUUAUCCUGCUAUUGCCUUACAGCAAUCUGUAACCCUCCAUUGCAGUGAUUUAUGAUGUGCCAAGAUUCUCUGCUUAAUUCAGUGUAUCUAGCAGUUAUGAGCUAAUCAAUUUCCUAAAAAGAAUCAUUUGGGUUCAUCUUAGGACAAGAGGAGAAAAAAUAGGUCUCUUUGGUGCAUGCUAUUCCUCUAUGGCUGUUCAGCCAUAAACCUAGUACCUUAAAUAUGGGAGAGAUCCUACAGACAUUCCACAACUAUUUGUUUAUUUAUUGAAUUUAUAUCCUUCACUUCCUCUUGAAGGAGCCUGGGAUGGCAAACAUGUCUCUUUUUUAAAAAAAGAAAGGUAUUCUAAAAACAGUUGCAGUUAAACACAUUAUAAAAACACGCUCUCACUUAAGGAUCUCAGGGUUGCCAGGAAAAAUGUCCAUUUAUCAGAUGCCUGGAUAAACAGGUAUGUUUUCAUUAAUGAUGGAGAAAGGCACAUUUCACCAGGGAGGGCAUUUCACAAAUGGUGAACCACCACUAAACAGGCCCUGGCAUGAGACAACACCAACCAGAAAGCCCUUGAAAGUGGCACCACCAACAUGGUCUCACAUGCCAUUUGUAGGGUCUGAGAUAGUUUACAGUAUAUUGGGGAAGGUGCUGUUUUAGGUCAAUAUGUAGAACAUGGUUACAGUGAAACUGUUCUUAACCUGAAGCACCACUUUAGCUAAUGAGGCCUCCUGCUGCUGCGCCGCCGCCGGAGCACAAUUUCUGCUCUCAUCCUGAAGCAAAGUUCUUAACCUGAAGCACUAUUUCUGGGUUAGCGGAAUGUGUAACCUGAAGCGUAUGUAACCUGAGGUACCACUGUAUUCAUAAAGAAUGCCUGGCAUAUGUUUCCUUCCUUUUUUGCAUCCUCUUUAAAUAUUUGAAAAGUGCAAAUUUCCCUGUAGCCUAAUCUGUUCUUGUAAUUUUUCUUUAUUAAAAAAAUCAUCGUCGUAAACCUUUCCUGAAUUUCUUAUUGGCAUCUUUUUGUGAAUUGUCUUCUGAAACAUCAUUCAGCAUUUGAAAUAUGAGCUAGACUGGCUAUCUGGAAUUAAGUACAAUGGUACAAGCACUUUCCAAAUAAUUUAAAAAUAUCAACACAAACUUAUUAAGUAAUAUAAACAUCAACUUUUUCUGCUACAGAAUCAUAUCGUUGGUUCAUGUUCAGUUUAUUAUCCCAUGAUCUAGUGAGUCAUACUGUCUUCAUAUUAUUUAUUUUUGUUUUGUUUUGUUUCCUGUUCUCCCUGUAGUCUAUUUUUAUUGGUAUUGGUCCAUUAUUAUCAAAGUUGCUUGUGAAUUCAAAGUUUGUGCAAUUGAAUGAGGAACACUGCAAACCUGAGAUUGUCCUGGAUGUACUGAGUGGUGUGAAUCUAUAUAGUAGUGGCAAGAGACUGUAAACUUGGCAGUAAAAUUCAAAGAAAGUGCUUUUUAAUUUGAGAAACCUAAUUCUAAUUUACUCUGUGUCAAAUCUGGGUAUUUGAAUAAAGGUUUUAUCACAAUGGGUUGAAAAGUGGUUUCAGUGAUGAUAUGACAACAAUAAAAAAACACACAAUUCAUUGGAAGGUGGGUUUUUUGUGUGUGAUUUUUGAGCAUUUCAUUGCAUUGCCACUGAUGCCAAACUUAGUGUGGAUGCCUGAUCAGCAUAGCCCAAAGCAGCUCCAACAAGUUAACACCACUAAUUAUUCGUUUCAAACUAUGCCGGCAGUUGUAUGAUGAAUUGUACCCAAAAUUUCUAAGCUUACUCAUAUUUUUUUAGCAGAAUAGAAUAUUGUUUGCAGUUGAGUUCUUGUAAAUACUAACCAGCUUUGGUUUUGGCAGUUUACUUUUUAACAUUUGUGUCCCUCUUAAAUUGCCAAAUGAUCUUGAAUUCAAAAUUGAAGCCUUGUUGUGAUUGCUUUCUCUCUUUCCCCCUCUCUGAUCUUACGGACCACGGGGGAAAUAAUGGAAGCAAAUGUCAUCAGACAUUCUUGUUUGACUCAUUUUUAGGAUUAGUUAAUCCCCCACCUUCCAUCUUAACAUCUUGUCUUCUUCUUUCUUUCAGAUCUCCAGGUUGGUACCUGCUGAUCAAUUUCAGUUAUACCAGCGAUUGAAAUUUGAAAGAGGUGUGGCUUUUACAUUGAUUUAGGGGGGUUAAUACCAGAUAUACAUGUAUAAUUAAACUCACAAAACAGUUUGAAUAAUAGGUUGAAGGACUUAUUAAACUAAAAAAAUGCCUUUAAAAAAAAAGGAAGUGCAGGAAUAUGAGCACAGCCAAUGCUUCUGCAUUGAAAAAGAAAGCAAUAAAAUACCUGUGAAUGUUAUCAAUUAUGAUGCCUUCAUACUUUUAUCACAGAUGUGGCUCACAGCCCAUUGGCUGCAUCUUAGCUCCCCUCAAGUUUUUUUUUGUGACUGGCCAAGAACUCCCCUCCUCCAAUUUGCCUAUGUUAAGAAAAGUGGAUCCUCCACUAUGAUGGUGCCCCCUCAUGUUUUUCCUAUAUAAAAACACAUACACCCAUUUGGUUGUUGUUGUUUUUUUUAAACCCUUGCUGCUCCUAUAGGCCUGCUGCUAUGAUACUAAAAUAUUUUUUGUGUCUCCCUAUGCUCUCAACCCCCCCGCACUUUUUAAAAAAACUUUAAGAAUAUCUUCAUUUUUAAAAUUGGCUGUGAUGCUGAAAGGUUUUAUAUGCCCCCACCAAAGCCUUCAGAAUUUGACAUUUUGUGGUUUAUAAUGAGGUUUGUCAGAUACUAUUGACCACAGCACAGUGAAUUGUUUUCUGAAGCCAGUGACAAUGGAGGCUGAAUAUGAAUCAACAAAUGGCAAACGAAGUACAUAAUUAAAAAUGUUGUGUUUUUGGAUUUCUAAUAAACAUUUUUUAGAAGUGCAUUUGGAUCCCCUGAGAACCUGGUGUCCUUCUGCUGACUGUCAGUCCGUGUGCCAAAUUGAACCAAGUGAAUCUGGACUACCCGUGCCUGUAAAAUGUCAGGCUUGCUACUUGACGUUCUGUUCAUCAUGCAAAGAGCCUUGGCAUGUGGAGAAGCUAUGCCUGGAAAACCAUCUUAUUGUGGCACCAAGUGAGCAAGGGUAAGAGAAGGAUUUGCUGAGGUGCUGCAAAUCUUCCAUAUCAUAAUCGCAGUAAUUUCAGCUUUCCUUUAGUUGAAAUUUGUAGGUGUAGAAUUAAUUCAUUGCCAGUUGUCAGGGGUAGGGAAGCAUUUUCAAUAGAUUGCCAGAACAUACCUGCACCGUGCUUUGAAAGCACUCUUGCGCCACUUUAAACAGUCAUGGUUUCCACCAAAGAAUCCUGGGAACUGUAGUUUACCCUUCACAGAGCUACUGUUCCUAGCACCCUUAACAAACUACAGUUCCCAAGAUUCUUUGGGGGAAUCCAUGACUGUUAAAGUGAUAAGAGUGCUUUAAAUGUUUUGUGUGGCUGUAACCCAGGUGCAGUGGCUUAGUUAUAGUGCUAGCUGUCCCCAAAGUAUACUGAUGUCUGAUGCCAUAGUAAUGUUGCACAUGCAUGUGUAUCUACAUGGAUUAAGGAUGCUCUAUGUGCUACUUGCCCAGACGCCACAACAUGAACGACAGUGAAAUAAUCAGGGAACUAUUACUAUCCUUUGUUUUAUUAUUAUUAUUAUUAUUAUUAUUAUUAAACAUUUUCUUGAUUUACAAAAGUGUGUGCAAUGUCUCUCUCUCGUAUCCCCCCCCCCCCCGGUAACAUUUUUACAAAUCAGUUUCAUUUGUUGAGACAUUAGGAAGAAAAGGGGGAAAGAGCUGGAGGGGGGGGGGAAGAUGGGUGGGGGUGAGGUCGGGUGGCAAUGUUUCUAUGUUACUAUAUGUAGGGUUUGGUGUCAGCGUUGCUUGUGCAGGUUUUCUGCUGUUCACUUAUGUUCCUUUGGUGGUGAGAGAGGUUGGGGUUGGCCUAGGGUGAUCUUUGUUUUCAUGUGUGAGUGGGGUGGGUGGGUGUUUUGGAUCAGGUUAGCCAUAUUGAUUUGUAUGCCGUUGGUGGAUUUUUGUCGUUGUCUUGUUGGGCUGUGUGUGUGAUAAAGGGGAGCCAUAUUUGUCCCCAUGUCAGUUUCAGUUUAUUGGUUAAUUUUUCUAGUAAGGCUGUUUCCCAUACUAUUUGGUACCAUUGGUCCAUGCUUACUUCUGACAGGUCUCUCCAGAUUACUGUCCUUUGUUGAACUACCAUCUUUCACAGGGUUUUCCCCCUCUACUUUUCUAGAGUACUUAUCAAAACCACCACAGAAGCUCCAAUUAAGCAGUGCCCGGUUUGCCGAAUCCAUAUUGAGAGGAAUGAAGGCUGUGCUCAAAUGAUGUGUAAGAACUGCAAGCACACGUUCUGCUGGUACUGUCUGCAAAAUCUGGAUGUAAGUGACCUGUGCCAAGGGCUUUGGGGUGGGCUUGUCCAGGUUUUUGCCCUCUAGUUCCUUUAAAAUGGCUUGUAACUAGGGGAGGGAAACACCUCAUUGGGAACUAAGAAUUUUAGAAGAGCACUGCUAUAUCAGAUAAAAGAUUCACCCAGUCCUGAUUCUCGGGUUGCCCAUUUAGAUGUCUAUGCGAAUUCUACAGAUGGGGCUCAAAGGCCAUAGCCUUCCCCUUCUCUUGCUCCCCCAGCAGUUUGGUUUUACCCUGUCCUCCAUCUUUACUUGAGUAAAUCUCUCUCUAACUGAGGUUAGAUUCACUUGUUAUGCUACUGUGGUAAUUGCAGCUACCACCAGAAAUUCUACCUGUCUAAGUUAUUGGGUGAUGAGCCGUCAUUGCCCAUUAUCUUAUUGAGCCGCAGGCUGUCCUCUGUCACAUAGUAGCUGUUGCUUAAACAGAACGUGUGCACUCAACAGGGAGUGUCUCUUAAUGGCAUCAAAGGGGUACUGUGCUAAUAUGUUUGCCUUGCCUAUAGUAGCAAUAAACAGAUACUGCAUGAUACGUUUUGGAAGAAACUGUCAAUUGAAAAAGUUGCUGAUUUAGUGAGGAAUCCCCAUUCAUCACUUAAUCUGUCCCUGAUUGUUCCUGUUUGGCUACACCCCCCUCCCCCCCGCUAUAAAAGUUGGGUUCAAAUGUUGCAAUUCUGGAGAGUAGUGUUACUGGCCUUCACAUAAUUUUCAUUUUUCAUGAUCACAAAUCUGGUUUCUCUCUCCCUCUUUUUUUGGCAUGCCUCAAAGUUAUAGAUGUAACUCUCUUGUACUGCAACAUUUGAUCACAUUAAGUGGGUUUGCAAAUGCUGAUGACUCCUUUGUGUUCAGUUUCACUAGCUGACUUUCCACAUUUGUGGGUGUGUUUUUCCAUGUCCGCUCACAUGUCUCCCUUUCUGUAAAGCAUACAUUUUGUAGAAGAGCAAGAGGUGUCAAAUUUUCUGUGGCAAUUGCACUUGAGAAAUUCCCAUUUGCACCAGUGUACUGCUGGAAGAAAAGUCUUGAGAGCCAAAAAUACCCACCAGACUUUGCGCUGCUGCAUUGCCACCUGGGCACCUAUUUCAAGGCAGGCCCAAUGUAUUCGUGCCAACUACUAAACACACUCUUUUCUUUCUGCUUUCAGAAUGAUAUCUUCCUAAGGCAUUAUGACAAAGGCCCUUGCCGAAACAAACUGGGUCAUUCCCGUGCCUCAGUUAUGUGGAACAGAACGCAGGUAAUGCGGGUGACGCAAGCUUGAGUCUAUAUCAGGAUUUCCAUCUGCUCAUACACAGCUUUCCUGUUCCUUAUCACAUUUCUCCUCCUGCUUUUUUUCAGGUUGUUGGGAUCCUUGUGGGCCUGGGUAUCAUAGCCCUGGUAACAUCUCCCUUGCUGCUCCUAGCCUCACCGUGCAUCAUCUGUUGUGUCUGCAAAUCGUGCCGUGGCAAGAAAAAGAAACAUGACCCGCCAACAACCUAAAGCUUUUCACCCUAUUGGCUGUGAAGACCUGCAUCUUGUAUGUGAUGGAGAAGACAUGAAGGCUGACCUCUGGUGCCAAUGCUUUCCCAACCAAUUCUCCUUCUCUUUGCCAACUUCUGCAAAAAGUGCCUACAGUUUCAUGGGACACAGUGUUGUUUGCAAGUUGCCGUUCCGCAGUGGGAUAGGUGUCUGUUGUGGUGUUUUCAGUUCAGCUCUGGCUAUUUUCUUUUUUUUAAGGAAAAGAGGCAGGGGUUCUAAACAUCGUUUCAAAGGUUCUUCAAAACGACCCACCUCUGCUUGGUUCUACAGUAUUUUCCAGAGUCUGGAUAUGUGCCCAUUUUUGAGCAACUUUAAUUUUGCAGCUCAUGGAGCAGUCCUGCAGUUAAGUGAGGGAACACAGGUGAACAAUGCAACCCCGUUGUAAGAGAUCUUUGGAUAUUAUUGAGUUUUCACUUUCCAGGGGCAGAUUUCAGUGUUACUAAAAAGAUAUCCUGUAAAAAAUUUAUAUACCUGGAAAGGGGAAGGUAGUGGAAAUGAAGUACAACUGAAAUGGGGUAUUGUUAAUAUACGUUUGCUAAAUGCCCAAUCAAAACUGGACCAACAACGAGUUGUAUCAGCCUUGGUACAGCAUCAGAAACAAUGAUCUGAAGCAGCUGUUGCAGGUACAUAGCACUGGCACAAUAUGCCAAGUAAAUCGCUCUACCUGAGCCACUGAUUAGGACUGGGUGUGAAUUAUUGUCAAGCGUUUUUCAAAACAUAUGUUGCACUGGUGCAAGAAGUAGCAAGUGUAGGGGAUAUUUGUGGUAUGCAACAGGAUCCAGUUGGCCUGGUAUAAUAACAACAACCUCCCCCCCCCGCCCCGAGCAUUGUGUUGCAGUGGCACUAGAGUGCUGUGCAUCCUUUGGCUUCACUUCUGGCAACUUGUGGUGCACUUGCCAAAAAGGUUGGCCAUCAUUGAUGCAAACUAUAAUUUUAGGUGAAAAUUAGAGGGUUACAUGUACACUUAAACACACGCACAAACAUACACAGCACCAGCAAUUUGUUCAGGUGUAUUACACUACACUGGGCAAAUACUGCCCAAUUACAUUAUUUCACUGAGUUAGUGAGGAGUUGUAAAAACAGUAUAGAGACCUUGAGCAAGUCCUAUAUAAAAACUUAGCUAAUGGCUGCAAACUUUAAGAUGAACAGGCCUACUUCCCCCAAUAAUGAAUUCUAGUCUUCUAUAAGACAAGCCCAUAGCUAGAUUGUGACUGAAGGAGCUGCAUAAUCUGGAAAACAAUGGAUGAGGUCGAAAUAGUGGGAUGGUAGGAUAACCACUUUAUUUAGUGCUGGAUUACAAGGCAGCGUAAGAGGAAUUGUGGUGAAAAAUGGUGUUGCAUAACAAACAUAUAGUAACACUUUCUUGAAAUAUUAUGCUUAUAUACACCACAGUCUUUAGCUUUGGGCUGAAUAUCUGGUUGUGGCCUCAUGUUGUUCUGUAUUGAGUACUUUAGCGGUAGAGUACAAAUGUAAAUAAAUAUGAUUCUUCAAGGCAAGGUGUGUAUGUUUCAUGGUAUAUACUGUGUGUGCGCAUUACAUUAACACACAAAACAAAUAUGCAUUUGAGCGUGUACUAUAGUAUAGCCUUUCCCAGCUUGGCUUGUUGGACUCCAACUCCCAGUCAGCAAAUCCAGUGGUCAGGGAUAAUGAGAUUUUUAGUCCAGCAACAUCUGGAGACUGAAGGUUGGGAACGACUGCUAUAGUACAUAGUAUUUCAGCUAAGCAAAUCCAUUCCACAACAAUCUGAAGUUGUUGGCCCGUCUAGUUUUGAAAGCUUAGAAUGCUGCUAAAGGAUCCAGCAAUAUCUGGUUCAAAGUACAAUGGAAAGACAUCAAGUCAAGUUUAUUUUUCUCCUGCCAUUUUUAAAAGAAACAAGCUUUCAGGAGGGUGUAACUAAGUAAGUUAAACUUGGGUCCCAUUAAAAAAAGUUAAUGACUUCUGUUCCGCUGAUUUUUGUGGAGCCUAAGUUCAGCUAACUUCAUAUGGCUACAGCUGUAUGGCCUUAAGCAGAGAAAUAGAAAGGAGGAGGGGCAGAUAGAUACUGAAGCAGAAAAGGUAAACAGAUUUAAUUUAAGGAAGCAUAGUUCUCAUGAAAAGCUAUUGGAAAUCAAGCCUGCAAAUUUUGUCUUUUCAUAUAUAAAAAACAACAAAAACCUCAUACCUAAGAGUUUCUAGUCAACUUGGAGAAACAGCCAGGACACCUGAAUUAAGCGCUACAAAAUGGACAGCAAUGAUGGGUGUUUCCUUUUCAUAUCUGAAAAUUGUAGUCCGAAGUGGAUCGCAAAAUAGCCUCAUUGGAGUCAAUAAUAGGGGUUGGGGUGUCCUAAACUGCCAGCUGAGCCUGUUUAGCUUUGCAAUGCAACUGUGCCCUAAUACUGUACAGCCUUGUAUGCGGUACUCCCCCUGACUGGUGGGAGUUGUCCAAACCCCCUGAAGGGCACCAGGUUGGUGGAGGCUUCUUUAGCACCAGCCAGGGCUGUCACCCAAUUAAAAGCCAAAAACCCCCUUGGUUGUAUUAUUUUCAGUUGACCCAAAUCUGCAUACAUUAGUACUGAAGAAAAAAGAAGUCUUAUUUGGGGGUCUGGGUGGAGGAGAAGGAACAACGAAAAGCAUUAUUUAGCUCUUCUGCAACCAGGAUUUUAAACUGUUGCUCAUAUUCACAUAAAGUAAGGUUGUGGAUGAUGUGGAUUUUCAUCCCUUUUUGGAAGAGAAUGUGUGUGUGUUGGGGAGAAAAUGAAUGCCUACUUGCCUUCUGCUUCCCUUUCUGGCUGGUUCAGUUCUUAACAUACUUUUUACUCCCUGCUGCUCCCUUUGAAUGCUGGGUGUGAGCUCCUCAGGGCAAUGGCAGGAUAAAUAUGUUUAUUAAAAAAUCUACCACCCUAAUUGCUCAGGGGCACCUUCUUAAUCAAACUGAUUAGUCAGCUAAACGUUGUAGCUUUGUUUGACCUAACAACCCUCCUUACUUUCACUAGCAAAUGGAAGGGAAUGAUGUAUGUCUAUGAAGCGCCUUUUGAUCUUAGUCUCCCUUUUAUGAUGGGAAGCCAUGCGUGAUGAUAACGUUGAAUUCCGUCCAUGUACUUGCCAAUAAGAAUUUCAUAUUGUAUGUUGAUUGUAUGAAGGCCAUCACCCCCCCCCUUCUGCCAAGGUUGUGUUAUUUAAGGUUUGCUGUUUUAUUGUACAAACAUUUGCUGUAUCAGAGUAGAAACCAAAUCCUUAAUGGACAGUCAAUGAGUAGAAACACAUGAACUUAACCAGUUUCUCUGUUAUCAGAUGAUCAUUGCAGUUUUGAAAAUCAGACGUACAUGCCCUGUCAUGCUUUACCACUGUCUGCUAUGAGAUCACAAAGAACCAAAUUGCACCACUUGGAUGUGGUAGUAAUAGGCUUGUGCAUUUGUGAUCUUCCUCGUUAGCUCCACUGACUUGCCAGACAGCCAAAUUUACUACUCUUGAUUGGCUACAGGAGAAGGAUUUGGAAUUGUACAGUGGUACCUUGGUUCUCAAACCUAAUCCGUUCCGGAAGUCUGUUUCAAAACCAAAGUGUUCCAAAACCAAGGUGCACUUUUCCAUAGAAAGUAAUGCAAAAUGGAUUGAUCCAUUCCAGACUUUUAAAAGCAACCCCUAAAACAGCAAUUUAACAUGAAUUUUACUAUCUAAUGAGACCAUUGAUCCAUAAAAUGAAAGCAAUAAUCAAUGUUCUGUACUAUAAAAUAAAUAAUACAGUAUUGUAGAUUAUAUAUAAUUAAAUUAUUAUUUUCCCUUACCUGCACUGAUGAUAGCCAUUGUUUGGAUGGAGGGCUUUUAUCCAUUUCCACAGUCAAUCAAUCAAUCAAUCAAUCAAUCGCUGAACUGCGUUCCACCCAGUCACAAAAACAAAUUAACUGAAAAAGCCUCAAAAACAAAAACACAAAAGAAAUAGCAAAAACAAAAGCACUAAACUUAAUCUGUUCUGGAAGUCUGCUUGACUUUUGAAAUGUUCGAAAACCAAGGCGCAGCUUCUAAUUGGUGCAGGUGCCCCAGAAACAAUAGGCGACAACCACGUCGGACGUUCAGCUUCUGAAAAACAUUCAAAAACCAGAACACUUCCGGGUUUUCUAUGUUUGAGAACCAAAGCGUUUGAGUACCAAGAUGUUUGAGAACCAAGGUACCACUGUAAUUCCUUUCGUUAUUUUCCAUGGCAAUUUUUAUUGCCAUUUAUGGUAAGACCAUGAAGCAUCACUUGGAAGAGGAUAGGAAAUAAUCCAUAGAUCAUUGUAUCACUGGAAAUGUAUUAGAGAAGAACUGUUUUUAUUUUGGAGAACUGGAGGAAAACCGAGGCCUCUGAGCCCUAUUUACAUGCGCCUACGCAUUUGAUAAGAAUUGCACGAGGGGUGGAAGGAGACUGGGCUCAGUGGCUUCACCCCCUUUCUUACAACUCUGUCGGCUUGGCUCUACUACUCUCCAUGAAUUGGGGCUGAAGGUCUGUGGUCUGCUGCACACGUGUCAUUUAGAGCUGAUUGCAUGAUUAAGAAUGUGCAAAUGGGACUUUAGUACAUCUUUCAUAAGACUUCAAAAUGAUGUUGAUGUAGGGCUUCAGCUACCCCCUACUCAGGUAGUCAAGGUAUUGGAUUGUCUACUGGUACUUUUUAAGUUCCUGGUUUUAAUUCAUUUUCCAUGAAUACAUUUUCUUCACCUCUUUCCUAAUACGGUGAAGGGUCAAGGCUGUGAUCUUUGUAAGAUUUAGUAGAAACUCUUUUCUGUAUGUGUUCCAAAGAAAGCAGAUGUGUAUGAAGAAAUUCUAAGUGCUCUUGUAAGUUUUAUUUAAUGAACCAACAUUUGGAAAUGUACUUUGCUCUGUCUGUAUAUAUUCAUGCAAUAUAUAUUUUCAGCCUCUGAGAUUUCCUUCUCUUCCCCCGGCUUUCCCUCCUAACAUUAUAAUAUGCAACAUGUGCAAAAUUAAAAAUUCAGC